AUAUGUUAAAUGAUUUGAACUUCCCUAUGCUUUUUAUAACAUAUUUUUUUAAAGGGUUACACAAUAUAUGAAGUGUUAAAAAUAAACAGUCACAACGGAGGAGAGAUAUCGGAACUCAAACGCUUGUGUCCGGUAUUCUAUGACAUUGGAUUUAUCUUCGGACCUGAAUUAUUAUUACGAGACGCUUCUUCACUGUCUGGAGUGCGUUUUAAAAUAUAUUGUGCAAACAGUUUUUGUAUAUACUACGAUCUCAGUUAAAACAAGAUUUCGUUGAAACGGCCGAGAUAACAGUGGUAUUUUUGUAAAAUUGAGACAAAGUUUUGAUUUAAAAGUCAUUUAACAUUAUUUGUUUCAUUGUAACUUCUUUUUCUCUAUUAUUACAUAUGGUAUUCAAAUUCGGGUACAGCAUGAAGUAGAGAUAGUAGUAAAAGAAGAAAAAUGGAAAAGUGGAGAAUUUUUUGUUCCAUUUUUUUGGUUGUACAAGUGUUAAUUUGUACGCGAGCAGAAAUUAUUGAAAAGAAGAACUUUCUUAUAUGUCCUGAGAAGAAGGAUGUUAGACAUAUUGCUGAUGUUACAAUCAGUGGAAGUAUACGCGACAUAAAUCGUAAUUUCACGUAUGCAGAUAUCAAUGUUGAUGAAGUAUUAAGUGGAAAUGAAUACUUUCAAGACCAGAAGAAUAUUUCUAUUAGUAUAACUGCUGAGUAUCAAGAGAAAUGUGAUAUUCUACAGACCGGACAAAGAUUGGUAUUCUAUCUAAAUAGAGGAUACAAACUUUUAGGCACAUUAAACAAUUUGUUGACAUUCAAAGAUGGCAACAAUGGCUUUGGAGUUUCAGCUCGUAAAAGACGAGCUGCAGAAGCCACAUGUUCCAAGAAAUGUUCCUAUGGUGGUCACUGCGACAUUCAUCCAUACACAGGUCUUGCAUUCUGUUCAUGUCAUAAGAUAUUUUGCACAAAAGAAUACGAUCCAGUUUGUGGUGAUGAUGAUUACACAUAUCCAAAUGAAUGUGUUAUGAGGCAUAAUUCUUGCAUCAAACAAAGAAAAAUUACAAUUUCUUAUCGCGGAGUUUGUAACGUGUUCAGUUGCAAAGAUUUACGUGAUUCUGGGUAUGCUCAUCUUGACGGCGAAUAUUUUUUCAAUCCUGUCAAGUCCUGCAAUUUUCCAAUCAAAGUUUAUUGCCAUGGUAUGAAUACAAAGAAUCCAAAAGAUUACAUCACACUUCCAACUGGCCCUGUUAACAAUUAUGCUAUCAUUUAUGACAAAAGAAUGCCAUUUGCUUCAAAGUAUAAAGAUGAAUGCAUCAGCCCUCAGAAUAGCAUUGUCUAUAGCAAAUCUGGUAUUACUCGAUUUAACAAGGUUAAAGUUAACUUCAACUCCAUGGCUAUUGUUCAAGAUGAUUACCAAUAUGCUGAGACUAAUUCAAAUGGUUCUCCCAUACCUUUUGGUACAGCUGGUGAUUGCUAUUCUGCAAGUCUAAAUCAAGAAUGCAGAAAGGGAGGAUUCAUGAUUGAUCUGACAGGAACAGGUUUAAAGGUAAAAGACAAUGUUGAAUGGACUGUUAAAUCUGAAACACCUGGCAUGAAAAUAAGUGGAUUCAACAAUGAUAAAGGUUUGCAAAUAUCUGCUAAAUGUGGUGGUUGGUGCGGACAAUGUUUACCAAAAUCUAGCCUGCGAAUUGAAUUAGUUAGAUGCAAUAUGAAUAUUGAAAUGUGUACUGGUAUAAGUUGUCCUUAUUAUGGCCGUUGUGAAGAAGUUGGAAACAGCUUUCAAUGUCAAUGUUCAAUUGUGUGCACCAAAGAAUUUUCUCCUGUUUGUGGUGAUGAUGGGAAAACCUAUAACAAUGAAUGUGAAAUGCAAAAAGCUUCAUGCAAUCGAAAGAAAUACAUUAAAGUUCAAUCAAUGGGAGAAUGUGGCAAAGGAUCAUGUGCCACUAAAAAUUGCCACAAUUAUGCAACCUGUGAUGUAUCAAGUGGAAAAACUACAUGCAAAUGUUUUCAUCAAUGUGACAAAGAGUUUAAGCCAGUUUGUGGGUCUAAUUACAGAACCUAUAUCAAUGAUUGCCAUCUUAAAUCUGAAUCUUGCAAUAGACAAGCCAAAAUUACAGUGGCAAACCAAGGCGUCUGUAGAUAUGCACCAAAUAAACCAUUUGCAUUUGAUGUUGUGUUUGCUUUGGGUGGAUAUGGACCUGAUGCUGAUGUUUUGUUUAAUCGUCAAAAAGAAUUUGUCAACCAUUUUCUUGAUUCUUAUCAAUAUCAAAUCGAAAAUGGUUAUGUUAACAUUGGAUUGUUGACAUAUGACCGCAAUGCAUUUAUUGUAAAAAAUUUUAAAGAACACUUUGUAACACCAUACAUUAGAAAAUAUGUAAACAAUUUAAAGCCAUCAAAAAAUGGUGCUGCUAUAGAACGUGGAAUGGACGCAGCAGCUGAUUCAAUUUUCCCAAAUGGGCAGAAGAACAAUUUGAAAUUCUUAGUUCUAUUUACAGAUGUGUCAGGAUUUGCAGAUAAGACACUGGUUGCUUUAGCAAGAACGAAGUUGCAGAAUCAAGGUGUGGACACCAUUAUGAUAGGUGCUGGUAAUAAAGUAAACAAAGUUGAUUUGAUUGGUAUGGUAAACAAGCCAAAUAACAUCAUAACUGGUUUGACGUCAAAAACCUUUUUGACUGCCUACACUGACGUUAUCGAGAAAUUUUUUGAAGCACGAUGCCGACAGCUUGAUUGUCAACAGGGUGAGCUUUGCCAGAAAGAUAAUAUAUAUGACAUAAAAUGUGGAUGUGCACAGAGUUGUACCUCAGAGUAUGAGCCAGUGUGUGCAAGCAAUGGAAAGUCAUAUGCCAGCUCCUGCUUGCUGAAAAGAGAAGCCUGUAUCAAGAAGAAUGGUGUUCAUGUUAUAUCACAAGGAUAUUGUCGUAUUGAGAAAAAAAUGGAUGUUGUUUUUGCAUUUGAUGCUUCAGACAGUACAUCAGAUGACAGCUUUGCGCAAUUCAAAACAUUCUUGCAAAAUGCUUUGAAAGCAUAUGAAAUUUCCCCUGAGAAAGUUAGAGUUGGCUUACUUCUUUUUGGAAGGCAGACUCAGAUUAUUGUAAGUUUGGAGAGGGGAGAUAACCAAGAUUAUGUGCAUCAGGCAAUUAAAACAAUGAGGAAGCAAGGAGGAAAAGGAGAUUUACCAAAAGCACUUUCAGAUCUACUAUCAAAAAUGUUUUUGAAAUCACCACGGCCAGAUGCAGACAAAGAGAUUAUUUUGUUUACAAAUGGUGCUGAUGUUCCCAGCAGUUAUCAAUUGGAACAAAUAUUAAAAAAGUUUUCAGAAAACAAGAUUAACAUGAAAUUUGGAAUUACUGGGGAGGUAUUAGAAGGGUUGCGCACGACGCUUACUGAUGGUAGAAGUGACGAUAGCUUGAUUACAAAGGCUAAUGAAGAAAGUUUUACAAAGUUUGUUGUUUUUAUUUCACCUUCAGAACCUUUACCAGAACAAUCAGACAUAAUAUUUGCACUUGGUGGAAAUCAACAACUUACUUCAGAGUUUCCGAAACAAAAACAAGCUGCUACACAAUUAUUGAAGCAGCUGCAAAUCUCAAAAAGUGAAACCAGGAUUGGAGUAGUGGUUUAUGGGGAAAAAGCUAGUGUUGUCACACAUUUAAAAAACACUGAUGAUUUUAAAACAAUUCAAAAUAUUAUCAAAUGGACGGGAAAACCAACCCCAGGCUCAAAUGUCAAUGAUGUUUUGCUUGAAUUACAAAAUAUGUUUUCAACAAAAAAUGGAGCUAGACCUAACAUGCCGAAGGUUGCCAUUAUAUUUGCUGAUGAUAAAGUCUUACUAGAGCUUCCCCAAUACAGAAAGUCGUUUACUAGUUUAAUUGACUCUGGUGUAAAGGUUGUAUUUGUUCAUUCUGGUAAGGAAUAUGUCAAGCAACUUUUACCUGAGACCAUUAGAAAGAAGUUAACAUUGGUGCCUGUUGAUGAAGAAAAGGGAUUGGACAAUAAAGAUACUGUAGGAAAAAUUAUUCAACAACUUAAAUCAGACCCUUGUUUGUUUGUAACAUGCGAAUACAAUGGAAUUUGCAAAGCCAUUGACAAACAUUCUGCUAGCUGUACUUGUGCUUCUGCAUGUCCAAACAUUUAUGCUCCAAUCUGUGCAGAUGAUGGAAACAGUUAUUCGAGUGAAUGUUCUAUGAACAUUGCUGGUUGCACUCAAAAAAAGAAAAUUUUGGUUAUAAGAGAAGGACCUUGUGGCAUUGAUGAACGAAUAGAUCUGUUUGUGAUUAUGGAUAAUUCCAAUCAAGUUGACAAAAAUUCUCUCAGCCUAUUGAAGAUAUAUGCAAAAGGCAUUGUUGAUGAAUAUCAAUUUGGAGUAGACAAAACACAUGGCUCUUUAAUAACUUACAGCAACCAACCUGAUAUAUUACUUAACCUAAAUGAUGGUGUAGAUAAGAAUGAAUUAAAAAAAAUGAUUGAGUCUGUUAGUCAAGAUAAAAAUAAUUUGCCUCGACUGGACCGAGCUUUGAAUAAAGUCUCAGAAUUGCUGGUCUCAAGGUUAUCUCAAGCUGACCGUGAUGUACCUGCAAGUGUUUUGAUAUUAUCAAGAGGCGUGUCUGCAACAGAACUUGCUAACAUGAAAAAUAUGAUGAAAGACAUACAAGAGAAAGCAAGACUAUACAUGGUAACCUUGCAUGACAAGAAUUUAGAAGACCUAAAAGAAUUGUUUAAAGUAAAGAGAAAUUUAUUUAUAACGGACAAGAACCAAGAUAGUGGUGUUGCUAUUACUGAUUUAAUAAAAGCAUUGGUUGAACCCACUGUGAGUGGAAGACCAACCGACAUGGUAUUAUCAUUUGGACUAAGUGGUGAUCUAGCUUCUCAACAUGCACAAACUGCCAAACUUGUGGCGAACAAAAUUAUAAACUCAAUGACAUUUAAUAAAGAUGUUUCAGUAGCUGCAGUAAAGUAUGGUAAUAAAGCUGACAAGCUGUUUGAUCUAGAUGAAUACAAAUCAAAGGAUCCUGUGUUGUCACACAUAAAAUCUGUAUAUCUUCCUGAAGUAGGAAAUCAACCAGAAAAAGCACUUGAAUUUAUAUCUAAAGAUAUUCUUAAACUAGGCACAGGUUAUCAUGUAAACGUACCAAAAGUUAUUGUAUUUUUAACCAACCAGAAACCAUUAUUUAUUGUUGAGCCUACUGCUAAAAAAGUGUUGAAUCAAGGCGUAAAAAUUGUUGUUAUUGGCAUUGGAGAUGAUGUCAGUAGCCAUGAUUUUGUACCCCUAACUGGAGGUAAAAAAGAUUUGAUUGCAGUUGUAACUAAAGAGGAAGAUUUGAAAAAUGACAGUAUUGUUAAUAUCGCAAGACCAGACCCUUGUUUAACAGCAAUUUGCGAUCCUCAUGCUUCCUGUUCACGUAAAGCUGAUGGUACCCAUCAGUGCACUUGCCCCCUAUGUAAAGAUUUAUAUGAUAUUGUGUGUGCUAGCAAUGGCAGAACAUACGGCAGUAAAUGCGAAAUGGAAAGAUAUGGAUGCAACAAGAAGGAAAAAAUGUCUGUUGUCAAAUUAGGGCCUUGCGGUCUAUCCACACCUUUAGAAGUUGUUUUUCUGUUGGACAGUUCCAAUGAAGUUUCUUCAGGUGUUUGGUCAGAUGUUGUUAAAUAUGCCAAAACAAACAUAGUGAAUUAUCCUUUAUCUGCGAAUAAAAUAAGAGUGUCCAUUGUUAAUGUUGGUGAAACAGCGAAAGUCGAGAUACCACUGAAAGAAGGAAUCAGUCGACAAGCUUUAUUAAAAGCUUUAUAUGAUGCCAAGCGAAUUGGAGGUGACAAAAACGUUGACCAAGGAUUUCAAAAAGUUUCUGAAAUCUUAGCUAGUGACAAAGUCCGAACUAAUGCAGGACAAGUUGUGGUUGUCAUUAUUGCUGGGAAGAUAGAACAGGAGACUGUCUCAACUGCAAAGCUGAUUGUUGAUGAUUUACGAAACAGAAAUGUUAAAGUGUCAAUAAUUGGUGUUGGUAAAGGAAUUGUGUCAGAAGAUUUGAAUCCUUUAUCCACUAAAGUUGAUUAUGUUGUAACUAUCAAAGAUUCAAGUAAACUCCCAGCAACUGUUGACAUUGUUUCAAAAGCCAAAGGAGAUGCUGCAGCUUCAUUAUUAGAAAGGGAUACAUUACUUGUGUUUUGGCCCUCUCGUUAUUCAACACAAGGAUCAAUGUCACUGAUGAAGUCUGUUGGUGCAAAUUUUGUUGCAAAGUAUCCACACUCACCCACAGGUGCUCAUAUUGCUGCACUAACAUAUAAUAAUGAGUUGCUUAAUUGGAAUGAAGCACAUAGUUUAACAAAGAAAGAAAUCCUAAAAAAGUUUCAGCAGAUUCAAAUUACCAAGCCAAACACUGCGGAGGAUGUGCAAAAGUUUGUUAAUUCUGUUAACUUCAACCUAAAGUUUUCCCGCCACAAUAGUGACAUCACUGUUGUGUUUAUUAUUGAUAGUAUGCCUGAGAAAAAUGCAAUUAAAUUUAUCAAUUUUUUGAAUGAGAAGUACAAAAUCAUCUUACUUGGAGUGGGAGAAAAUAUCAAUAACAUCGAACUUAGAAAGGAACUUGAUGAUGGCAUUACUUUAUUAACAGAAAAAAAUGGAAACUAUCCAGAACUUGAGAACAUCAACACUUUAAUUUUUCCAGAUGCUUGCACCAAGAUCCAGUGUGAAUACCAUUCCACUUGUCUUACAAAACCAGACCAAACAACAGAAUGUGUUUGUCCAGUGUGCCCAUCAUUACACAAACCUGUUUGUGGAAGUAAUGGCUUGACUUAUACCAGUUCUUGUCACUUAAAAGCUUCUUCCUGCAUAAAGAAGACUGCUAUAGCGAUAGUGAAACAGGAGCCUUGCAGUUCCAAAAAAGCAGUUGAUCUAGUUUAUUUAAUUGACACUUCCGAAGGUAUCUCAGAAGAACAACUAAAAACUCUUGCUCAAACCAUAAAAUCACAAGUCCAAGGACACAAAAUUUCAAAGGAUUUAGCUAGGGUUUCCAUUGUUACCUAUGGAACGAAACCUAGCUCUCUAUUAUCACUAUCUGCUGGUGAUAAUAUAAAUGCCAUAAAUAAAGCAUUGUCGCAACUAAAGAAAAAUGGAGGACCACCCCAACUAGUUGAGGCUAUAGAAUACGCAAAUGACAAUAUUCUUCCUAAUUCAAGAGAUAAUAUACCACAAACUAUCAUUAUAUUUAUGGCUUCUCAUCCCAGUGUGACAAAAGAAUCUGCAAUUACAGAGAAAAUCAAUAUGAUAAAAAAGAAUGGAGCUAAAGUUGUUAUUGUUGGAUUAAAUAAAGAUGUACUUUCAAAGGACUUAAAGGAAACUACAAAUGUUGUCAAUGGUGGUAUUGUUUCUACUUCAGAUGAUUUAACUGACCUUCUUGAAAAAUUGGCAUAUGCUGUCAGUCAAGCAACUGUUUCACCACAACCCUUGGAUUUGGGCUUUCUGUUUGCUGCUUCAGAGAAUGCUUCAUUAUUUAGUUAUGAACAAGUAAUAGCUGCCAAAUUGUUAAAUGCUUUCAAAAUUGAAAAGGAUGCAACCCAAGUAGGGUCUGUAAUUUAUGGAACUGAUGGCAGGCUUGCAUUUAAGUUAAAUCAGUAUGACAACGAAAAUGCAGUGUCAAAGGCCAUCAAGAACUUACAAAAUCCUCGAUUUGGUUCUGCUAUUGAUAAAGGCUUAAAGACUGUCGCAGAUGAAUUAUUUAUUAAAUCAAAUGGAGCACGACCCACUGUGCCAAAAGUUUUAGUUACUUUUGUUGUUAAGAAAUUAUCACCAUUUAACGAUAAGUUAAAUGCAUUGACAGAUGUUAAGAUAAUACCAAUUAGUGUGGGCCCUGAUGCCGAUAAAGAAGAUCUAACAAACCUCGGUAGCAACAAAGAAAAGAUUUUUAAUAUCCCAUCUGAAAUAGACUUAGAUGGUGAAGAGAUAAGUGAACUAAUCAAGAAUGUCAUUGACAAUGCUAGACAAGAUCCAUGCAAUAAGAUAUCUUGCAAUAGAUACUCACAUUGUAUACGGAAACCAGAUAAUUCUGCAGAGUGUGUAUGUAAAUCGUGUACAGAUAUAUACGAACCAAUAUGUGGAAAAGAUGGCAAGACAUAUUCUAGUGAAUGUUACAUGAGGCGUUACUCUUGUCAGAAUAAUAUUGCUGUUGGUAUUUUUAAACAAGGACCGUGUUCCAUUAAUAGUGAUAUUGAUAUGAUAUACCUUAUUGACAGUUCCGAUGGUGUUUCCACAGAAACAUUUAAAGCAUUUAAAUCAUUUGUUGCCAAAGAUGUAAAAACAAAAGACUUUAAAAGCGGCAAAAUCCAUGUUGGUAUUCUAAACUAUGCCUCUGAUGCUGUUUUGCAAUUAUCACCUAAAAAUGGUAUCAGUGAAACUAUUGUAAAUAAUGUUCUUUCCAAAAUGGGAAGAAUAAAUGGAAAAAGAAACUUUAAACUCACAUUCCAAUACAUACUUGAUGCAAUUGUGAAAAAUCCACUAUUUGUGAGAAAAAAUUCCAAACGUUUGUUGGCAUUGCUUGUUGAUGGAAGAAGUCUUUCCUGGACUGAUUCAGAUGCAGCAUUAUUCAAAGAAAAGUUUGAAAAUGCUGACAUAGACCUGCUGAUUAUCACCACGGACGGAAAUGUAAAAGAAGACUUAAAAGGUUUAGUUCCAAAUCCUGAUAACAUUUUAGUUGUUGAUAAAACAGAUGAAUUACCAGAUACAUCAACAAAUAUUACAGAUGUAAUUGGUAAAAUAACUGGAAAAAACGUUGAGCAUAAUAUCAUGUUUCUACUGGGUGCAACUGGUGAUAAAGAACAAGAAAUAUUUUCUGCAGAAAAACAAUUAGUUUUAAACAUGGUUGAUUUAGUCUCUGUACCUCCGAUUAAUAUUGGUGUUGUGAUUUAUGGCUCAAAUAAUUAUGUAGCCAUACCGUUCGGACAGUAUGCACAAUCAAGCGAACUUAAAAAACAAAUUGCAAAUUUACGUGUUUACUCAUCAAACGCCAAUAAAGGGAAUAUUAUUAUGCCGUUAUCCCUAGGAUACAAGCAAUUGACAUCAACCUCUUCCAAUGUCCUUGUUUUAUUUGUCAAUCAAAAGCCUAUUAAAAAAGAAAAAGAUUUUGUUCGAAGUAUUCAAGAUCAAGGGAUAAAAGUCGUUGUCAUUGGUAUGGGCAACGAAGUCAGUCCCAAAGAUUUGAUUGACCUUACUGGAAAUAGAAACGACAUAGUUCUUGUUCCAAAUAUUAACAAUAUGAGUGCUGAUACAAGCAAAAAGAUUGGAGCUGUGAUAAAAGCAGAUCCAUGUAGCAAUACCAAGUGUGACCUGCCAUAUUCUACAUGUGUUCGGCAAAUUGAUCAAACACCGUUAUGUCAAUGCCCUACAUGUGAUGAAGCGUAUGCACCAGUUUGUGGGGAUAAUGGAAAAACAUAUGCAAGUGAAUGUUACCUUAGGGAGGAAUCUUGCAAAAGAAAUGUGAAAAUAACAACAACCAUUGAAAAACCUUGUGCGUCUAUUGAUAGCGUUGAUUUCAUUUUUGUUUUGGAUAUAUCAAAUGCAGUGAAGUCAUCUGAAAUAAAAACAUUCAAAACAUUAAUAAAGGAAUUAGUCAAAACGUCAUCUGGAAAUACUAAUAAAACAGGAAUUGGCUUUAUUUUAUCUGGUUACAAGAGAGACGAAAUAAACAAAGUGUUACCUAUUUUGGACGUUAAUUCGAAGCCUUUGGAAAACAUACUGGCACCUGUCGUCAAAGGAAGUGAAACAAGAGAUUUUUUAAAGGCUGUAAAAUUACUCAAGUCACCCAUGCUAACACGGAAAGGCAUCCCAAAAGUUGUUGUAUUCAUUUCAUCUGCGCCUUUUCCAAAUAAUAUGGAAGACUCGAUUACGCACUCAUUACCCUCGUUAUCAAAGCAAGAGAAUGUUAGAGUACUGUUUAUUGGUUUCGGAUCAGCAUUCAACAAAGAAAAUGUCAGAGAUAUUAUUGGUAAUAGAAAUAAUGUGAAAUUCUUACCUGGCAUAAAAAGCUUCCCAAAUGUGUUUGAUGAUAUUUACGAAACUGCACAAGAUCUUAAAAAUCCAAAGCCCAUCAUGGAUGUAGGUUUUGUACUGGGAUUUACAUCAGAAAUGUCAUCAAGUGACUUUGAUAAACAACUGGAUAUUUCUAAAGAGCUUUUAACAUCAUUAUCCAAGAAAAGAGAUAAUUUGAAGGCUGGAAUCAUAACAUAUGGCAACAGUGCUAUUUUGCAGGGAAAAUUAACAAAUACCGAUGAUGUAGAGAGGCUUCUUUAUUCGCUUAACCUUAAAUCGGGAGAUGGUAAUUUAAAAGAAGCUUUGCAAGUGGCAUCAGAUAAUUUUUUUUUACAAUCUAGUGGUGGAAGACCAAAUUCAGAAAAAACAUUGGUUGUAUUUGUUAGCGAGACAAUGGAAGAUGUUGAACCUGCCGUGAAGUUAUUACGUGACCAAGGUGUCAACAUUGUAAGUAUUGGUGUUGGAGGGAAAGUUGAUCAGGAUACCGUUGAUAAAAUCACUGGUGAUGGCAAAAACGGCAUCCUUAUUACCAAAGAUAAUGAUCCUAAAAAUAUAGAUGAUGUCCUAGAAAAAGCAAUAGAGGAUUCGUUUACGGAUCCAUGUUUAUCUUCACCAUGUGGAAAGGAUAAAACAUGUGUACGUCAAUCAGGAAAAGAUGUGCAUUGUGUAUGUCCAUCAUGUAGUGAUGUCAAAUCACCACAUUUUGUUUGUGCCAGUGAUGGAAGCACCCAAGCAAGUGAAUGUCACAUCAAGAAGAAAGCUUGCGUGCAAAAAGAAAAUAUCUUCCUAAUUAACAAGAAGCCAUGUGCAUUCGACAAAAAGAUGGACUUAAUAUACCUCUUAGAUGUAUCCCAAUUAACAAAUGAAGAAACACUUGAGUCAAUAAAGAAUUACAUAAAGAAAGAUUUAGAUUCUUAUAAUUUUUCCACUGGAGAUAAUGUUAGAAUGGAAAUUGUUUUAUUCGAUGACAGUGUACGGUCCAUUGUAAAGCUUGAUCAAGAUAUAACCAAAGAUGACUAUGUGAAUAACAUCAACAGCAUCACCCUAAAAGAAAAAAAGGAAGCAGAUUUCAAAAAAGCAUUUUCGUAUAUACUCUCAAACGUUCAAUAUAGGUUCAGAAAAGAUGCUGCAACAGUUUUGGUCCUCAUUACAACAAGCAAUAACAAAAACAGUGAUGCAUCCAAAAUGUUAUCUGAUGUGUCUAAAUUAAAACAAGAUGGUGUAAAAAUUGUUACUGUAGGCCUUGGAAAACGAGUUGAUAUUGAUGAAUUAAAUAAUAUUGCAACUGAGCCAAACUAUGUCGUACUGAUUGACGAUUCAUCAAAGUUAGAUGAGAAUGUUUCCAGCAUUAAAAGGGCUGUUUCAAAAUCAACAGCAACUGCAUCAUCAAUGGAAAUUCUUUUCAUACUUGGCACUGGUCAGUCUAAUGAGCAAACUGCUACAAGAAACUUUGAAAGAGAAAAAGAACUUGUCAUAGCACUAUUGAAGAAAGAUAAAUAUUCUCAACAUGAUGUUCAUGCAGGUACUAUAAUAUACAGCCCUGCUAUAUAUAAGGAUCAGUUAACUUCUAACAAGGAAUAUCUCAUUAAAAGAAUUCUUGAGUAUGAUAAUCUUAGUGGCAAUGACGUUACAAAUGGAUUAAACGAGGCAAUUCGGGUGUUUAAAGCAAGUAAUCAAAACUCGAAAACUAAAUCAAUAGUUUUAUUUACCGAUCAAAACCUUGAUGACAUGGCAAAAAAUGCUCUUGUAAGUAUUAAGGACAAUGGAAUGAAAGUUAUCGUUGUUACGUUGGGAAAGAACAAAAAAACUGUCAAUGACAAGUUCCUAAAAGAAAACAGAAUUCCGUUAGUUAUUGAUAAUGAUGAUUCUCUGGUGGAGACUGUUGAGAAUAUUGAUUCAAAAUCAGGCAAAGAUCCUUGCGAUGAAAAAGUGUGUCACCAGUUUGCAUCAUGUUCACGAACAGAAACAAACACAGCGAAGUGUGUUUGUCAUCAAUGUGAAAAUAAAUAUAAAACUGUUUGUGGAAGUGACGGCUUAUCAUAUGCCAGCCAAUGUUAUCUUGAAUUAAGAGCUUGUCAAACAAAUAAAGAGAUCAAUGUUGCAGCAAUCAAACCAUGCUCUCUUACCUUAGCAAGUGACAUUGUUUAUGCUAUUGAUACAUCAAACAACAUAGAUUACAAUGAUAUAGCUCAAAUAGUUCAAUUUAUCAGUAAUGACAUAAAUCAUCAUGGCAGUAAGUCUAAAAUGGCCCUGGUAAACUAUGGAUCGAAAGCUGAAGUUAUUGCUAGUUUGGAUACUGAUCAACAAAAAUUGGUUCAUGUUUUAUCAAAAUUGCAAAAAUUGGGUGGUUCACGUAGGAUUGACAAUGUGCUUGCUUUAGUUAAAGACGAUAUCUUUUCAAAUACAGCAAAAAGUAACAACACCAAACAACUCAUACUUUUUGUUGGUGGAAGUUAUAGCGAAUCUGUUAAAGAAAGAUUACUUCCAUUAUUAACAACUCUUAAAGAGAGAAGUGUCAAAAUAACAGUUGUUGGUUUUGGAGAAAACAUAAGAAAAGAUGACUUCGGCUACAUUGCAUCUCAAGAUAAAAACGUUGUUCUUGUUAAUCAUGUUACUGAUCUUCCCAAAGUUGUUCCUGACGUCUUUGAAAUCGUUGGUAAGAAUACAGGUAGGAAUACAGCAACAUCACCAAAACUUCAACUGCUCUUCAUUGUUGGUGCAUCGUCAUCUGAUCAACAGAAGCAGUUUCACUUACAGAAAGAAACAGUGUUAAGUAUUGUUGAUAAGUUGUUGAUUGGUAAGAAAACCAAAGUAGGAGUUCUCUCUUACGGAAGAUACCCUUCCAAAGCUAUCUCAAUGGGAAAGUUUAUAACAAAUAGGGACUUGAAAGAAGCAAUCAAAAUUGUAAGCAACCCUGGAGAUGGUAAAAGACUGGAUCUUGCUUUAUCAUCAGCAAAAACCAUGCUAAAGGAUGCACAAAUUGAUGGCGUUAAACAAAAGAUAAUUGUAAUGUUGGACCAAAGGCCUGAACCAGAUGUAAAAGGACUUAUCAGAGAGCUUGAAAACACUGGCAUAGAAUUAAUAACAAUUGGAUUUGGUAAGAAUAUAAACGAUAAUAUUUUGAACCAAAUAACGGAUUCGAGCAAAAAGCAUGUAAAAGGUGACAAAGAUAUAAAAAAUGUUGUGGAUUCAGUCAAGGAUGCAGUGACACCAGAUCCAUGCAAAGAAAAAGCCUGUGAUUUCUUUGGUAAGUGCCUUGCUAAACCAGACAGAACAACUGAUUGUGUUUGUCCAGUUUGUAAAAUGGAAUACAACAUAGUAUGUGGAAAUGAUGGAAACAGCUAUGCUAGCUUAUGCUGGAUGAAGCAAUAUGCUUGCCAACAAAAUAAAAAUGUUGCUUUACUACAGACACAGCCUUGUGUUAUUAAGAAAGAAUUGGAUAUUAUCUUUCUACUUGACAUUUCAUCUGAUGUUACAACCUAUCAACUUAGUGCCAUGAAGGACUAUGUUAAAAACAUGCUCAAGUCCUUCACUUUGUCGGUUGAAGAUGUCCGAGUCGGUCUAAUUGGGUUUGGUGAAACAGCACAAGAAUUUGUUGAAUUAAAUCUUGGUACUAAUCAAGAUGUUAUCAGUAAUGGAAUUUCUAAAAUCAGCAAAAUAGGUGGAACACGUAACCUAGAUAUUGGAAUGAUGCAUAUAGUUAACGAAGCCUCUAAGAGUUUUAGAUUAAAUUCGAAAAAAGUUAUAGUAGCAUUGACAACUGGAUCAGAACACCCCAAAAGACAUAAAGAAUUAACAGAAGCUGUAAAGAAAUUAAAAGAGAUGCAUAGGCCCAACUUUAUAUUUGUUGAAUUUGGGGAUUCCAAAUUGCGUUUUCCUAAAGUUGUAGAUGAAACGACAGUCAAUGCAAACACAGUAGAUGAAUUACCAUCAACCUUCUCAAAAGUUAUAAAAGAAAUUGGAUCUUCUGCUGGCAAUCCCCACCCACUUGACAUUGGUGUUUUAAUUGGUGCUCAGUCUGGCGACAAGUUUGUUAUGGCUAAAGAAAUUCUUGAAAGAAUGUUGGAAAAAUAUGAUUUCUCAAGUGGAAAUAAAACAGUUGGAGUUAUUUUAUAUGGCAAAGAACCUAUUUUAAAACUUCCUGUUACCAAAGUAGUGAAAAAGACAGAUCUUUUGCAGGAGAUAAAAAGAUUGAGGCAUCCUGCAGAUGGUUUCAGGUUAGAUAAAGCAUUGCAAAAGGCAGAACAAGAAUUCUUUUCAGAUUGCAGUCCUGGUACUGUUGCUUGUCCAAACAAGAUACUUCUUCUAUUCACUGAUCGUAAGCCAGAUGAAAAGAGCAUAGUACUGGCUGAUAAAUUUACAUCUAAUGAUGUAAAGAUAGUAUCAGUUGUGCUUGGUUUGCCAGAAAAGGAUGAUGUGAAUAAGCUAGGGGGAAAGGAUGCUGUGAUUAUCACACCAAAGUCUACUGAUGCUAUAAAAGAUAUUUCUGAUGAUAUUAAAGAUGCCUUAUCAAUUGAUGCCUGCAAAAAUGUGAAAUGUAAUCAUAAUGGGGUCUGUGUGACACAGGCUGAUAGCUCAACGAAAUGUUUAUGCCCUACUUGCUCCCUGCCACUGAAAGUAGUAUGCGGUUCUGAUGGAAAGACAUAUGGUAAUGAGUGUUUGAUGAAGAAACGAGGUUGUUUAGAUAAGGAAACAAUAACAGUCACUAAGACGGAAUCCUGUGGUAUUACAAAUUCAUUGGAUGUUGUUUACAUAAUUGAUGGUUCGUCGUCUGUUCCCCGCAAAGUUUUUGAUGAAAUGAGGAAGUAUGUAAAAAAUGCAAUUAAGCUGUAUAAAAUAUCUCCAGUAAAAACUAGAUUUUCAAUUGCUACAUUUGGAAAAGACAGACAACACUUGCCUUUAAGUGAAGGCAGCACAGAAAAAAGUGUACGUAAUUCAAUUGACAACAUGCAAAAAUCUGGUGGAGAUAGACGUAUUGAUCUUGAACUCCGAAAAAUUGCAGAAGAAGUUAAACUUGGAAAGUUUAGAAAAGAUGCCGGAAAACUUGUUGUAUUGGUAUUAUAUGGAAGAAAUAAUAUUAAUGGUGCCAUUGAUGUUAAUGCAGCAUCAAAACUUGUUAGAGGUCUUGGUGUAAAAAUUGCAGUCAUUGGAGUAGGAGAUAAGAUCAACAAGGAUGAAUUGAACGCAAUUGGUGGAGAAACGUCACCUGUUAUUGUUAAGGAUAUCAAUGAACUAGUUGACACUAUACCAGAUAUCUCAAAGAUUGCAGCUGAAGCUUCAGGAAAAGUUCAACAGUUGGACAUCACUUUCAUUUUGGGAGCUAGUAAUAAAAGAAAUGCUGAUUUGCAGUCACAAGUGGCAUAUAAAAUGAUUGAAGAAUAUGAUUUAUCCUCUUCUGCAAUUGCUGUGAUUUUAAAUAAACAAGCUUUUGCCAAGGUAGCUAAAGAUAUGGGACAAUAUGUAUCAAAAAAUGGACUGUUAAACUACAUAAUAACUCUGCGGACUCCUAUCAAUGCUCGUAAUUUACUGUCAUCAUUACGAAAAGCUGAAUCUGAAAUCACCUACCGCCCUAAUUCAUCUAAAACAAUUGUUUUAUUUGUUGACAAAUUGCCAACAACUGCAGAUAUAGAACAAGCAAGAAAGUUAGGAGAGAAGAACUUUAGAAUUAUUGUGGUUGGUGCUGGUUCAAAGGUUAAAAAAGAGAAUUUAAAGCCUUUAUCGGGUGAUGUUGAUAAUGUCUUAAUUGUUACUGAAAAGAAUGUUAAUGAUAUUAGUAAAGAAGCAAGAGGCAAAACCAGCACAGGCAUUUCAUGCAAUAGCUGUAAAGAACCAAAAACAUGUUUAAAGAAACUCGACAACUCAGUAGAGUGCGUAUGUCCACUAUGUAUUAAAGAAACUUUUAAACCAGUUUGUGGUAGUGAUGGUAAAACGUAUGCUAAUGUUGAAUGCAUGAAUAACGCAGCUUGUACGCAGCAUACACGACUUAGUGUGUUAAAGAAUACAGCUUGUGGAAUGGAUAAACCCACUGAAAUUGUAAUUGCUGUUGAUGGUUCAGAAGAUGUAACUUUUAAAACCAUGAACAAAAUUAGAGAUUAUAUUGAGAAAUUGAUCCAAACGUUUGAAAUUUCCACAACAAAAUCUAGAGUCAGUAUUCUUGUGUACAGUAAUAAAGCAGACGUAAAACUCAGACUUAAAGAAGGAAACACAAAGCAGCGUGUGCUUUCAGCCCUCGACAAUCUGAAGGGCAAUGGAAAACGAAAUUUAACAUUAGUGUUUAACACCAUAAAUAAAUCAGUGUUAGAUAAAAAUUCAGUGCGUAAAGAUGCAGGUAAGUAUAUUCUUUUAUUUAUUAAUGGACCGAAUGACCAAGAAAAAUCGUCAAAAUUUAAUGAAAUUCUUAAAAAACUGAAACGUGAAAACAUACAAAUCACUGUGGUUGGUGUUGGAGGUAAAGUAGCUGAUAAUACUGUAAAUAAAAUCUCAUCUUCGCCUGAUGAUGGAAUUGUUGUGAAUGAGAAUGAUUUAUUAAAGACACUUCCAGUUGUCGCUGAUGGGUUAGGAAAAUCAGCUGCUAAAGGUUCUUCAAAAUUGCUUGACAUGAUCUUUGUUAUGGGAAUUGAUGAAGGAUCAUCACAAAAAGAAUUUCAAGUGCAAAAAGAAAUUGUGAAAAAAAUGAUUGCUAGGGAAACCAUAUCGAACAGUGCAACAUUAAUUGGUGUUGUAAUAUAUGGCUCAGACAGUAUUACUGAAAUACCACUUGGUUCAUUGACUGAUCGAAAUCAGUUAUUACGACGAAUUGACAAAUUGAAUGGACAGUCACCUUCAUCAGAAGGAAUAAAGGAAGGUUUGCAGCUAGCAAAUACAGAAAUGCAAUACAGUACACGACAAAACGCAGGAAAAUCAAUUAUUUUAUUUACUACUAAAGCUCCAUUUUAUGCAAAAGAUCCUAUUGGCGACUUGGAAAAAGAUGACAUUAAAGUUAUUGUUGUCGGUGUUGGGGAAAAAGUUGAUGAGAAUGACAUAAAAGAUGUGACUGGAAAUGACAAUGUGUUUGUGGUUAAAGACAACGAUGAUGUUGACAAUGUGGUUGGUAAAAUAACCGAUUCUAGCAGACCAGAUCCAUGCAUAAAAAAAGACUGCCAGUUUUAUUCUAUGUGCUUGCCAAGAAGUGAUGGAACAGCACAAUGUAUUUGUCCAUCCUGCGAGAAGUCAUUUGCUCCAGUUUGUGAUGACAAUGAAGAGACACAUGCAUCUGAAUGCUACAUGAAACGUUAUGCCUGUCAGAACAACCAAAACUUAAAGGUUACUUCACAAGGAGCUUGUAGUAUCUCUAGUUAUCUGCACGUUGCAUACAUGAUGGACGCAUCAUCAAAUAAUGCUUUGUAUUAUAAUGCAAUGAAAACCUUUGUUAAGAAUAAUGUGAAAACACUGCCUUUUAAUGAUGACAAAACUCAUGUUUCUAUCAUCAGUUAUGGAAAGCCUGGUGAUAUUGAUAUUCUUUCUGGAAAACCUUCAAAUACAUUACUGAAUCAGAUUAAAGGUUUGUCUCCAAAAGAGGGCCGAGAAGACGUGCCAGCAGCUUUGAUAACAUUGAAGCGUUUGUUUGAUACAGAAGUUUUCCCUAAAAGACCAGCAAAAGUUUUAAUUGUUUUCAGAAAUAACGGCAUACCAGCCGGACAAAAGUCUUCUUCUCUUCAAAGUUUUGACAAAAUGAGAACAGAUGAUGAUGUAAAGAUAAUAACAGUUGGUCUUGGUGAGCAAAACAAACAAGAAGAUCUAGUAAAAAUUGCUGACAAUAUGGAUAGCAUUGCUAUUAUAUCAAAUGCUGAUGAGCUUUAUAAGCUGUUCCCUAUUGUCAGUCGAGUUAUUUCAACUUCAUCAGGGGCUUCACCAGUAGUAAUCGAUCUUGGUAUUGUACUGGGAGUGUCAUCAUCAAAUUCUGAUGAAAACUUUAAAGCAAUGAAGACUAUUAUUAAAGAGACAUUAAAGUCAUAUGAUGUAUCUUUACAAGCAACAAGAGUUGGAAUUGUUUUAUAUGGUGAAAAUGCUGAAGUAGUUUCCUAUUUAAAAGAUUCUAAGGAUUCACCCUCUAUCCUUAAGGCACUAGAUUCUUUAGAAUAUCCUGGCGAUGGUUCUGAUGUAAACAAAGCUUUAAUAACAACAAAUACUGAUUUGUUCACAACUAAAAAUGGUGCUAGAAUUGGUGUUGGUAAAGUUAUAUUGUUGUUUGUUGACAAAAAAUCUGAUGAAGACCCUGCUGCAGUUGCACAAUCAUUUACUCGCAAUGGUAUUAAAAUCAUUACCAUUGGUGUUGGUUCUGAUAUUGAUAAAGAUGAACUAAAAAGGAUUACAUCGGAUUACCGAAAAGUCAUUAUUGUUGAACCACCUGUUAAUAAUAGCAAAUUAAAAGAAAUUACCAAAGAUAUCAGGUCCACAAGCAAACCUAAUCCAUGUAAAGAAACAAAUUGUCAGUUUAAUUCUAUUUGCCAACUCGUGUCUCCAUCAAAUGCAACUUGUGUUUGCCCGGAAUGCAAAAGCAAAGGUUAUUCACUUGUAUGUGGAAGUGAUGGGAGAACUUAUGCUACGAAAUGCCACCUGUUGAAAUACGCUUGCAUUAAUGAAAAGUAUAUCUCUCUUGUAAAAACUUCGCCUUGUGAAAUACAAAAGCCUUUGAAGGUAGUGUACUUAGUUCACGACACAUCAAAGUUAAGUAUUUCAAACUUAAAAGACAUCAAGGAGUUUACAGAGAAUGAUCAGAAGUCUUAUACCAACGCUGAACAAACAGAAAUUUAUAUCAAUCAAAUUACGCCAUCAUCGGGUGAACAAAAAAGAGAAAUUGAAAGCAUGAAGCUUAACAUCAUCAACUACAAUAAACUCAGCGAUGCAAUCACAUUCGUCAAAAAUAAUGCCUUAGGAUCUAAUAAAGAUAUGGGAAAGGUGCUGGUCCUAAUACUUGAUCAAAAGAUUGAUAAUAAGGACCAAGUUAAAAUUAAAGGUAUAUUGCAGAAUAUCAAGAAUUCUGGUGUAAGAGUUGUAGUGGUUGGUGCUGGUACAGAUAUGAAUACCCAAGAUAUUAAGGGACUUCCAACUUCACCCAGAGGUGGUGUAGUUAUACAAAUUGAUGGUGGUGGUCUUUCUAAUCUUAUACCUAUUUUGUCUGAAAAUGCAGGAAAAGCUGCAGCACAAAGUGAAACUCUUGAUCUUGUUGUUAUCCUGGACACCAAAGCAGUCCGUAAAAACCUGGAAUUAUUUAAGAGACAAAAGGAAAUGUUAAAAAAUAUCCUGAAGGAUUACUCGAUUGGAACAAAAAACACUUUGGUUGGAAUUGUCUUAAAUGGGGACUAUCCACGCACAGUUUCACAUUUAAAUAGUUACACAGACAAGAAAAGAUUGUAUCAGUUUAUUGAUUCUAUACAAAAUCGUGGAGAAGGGUACGAUAUAGACUCGUCAUUGACUCAAGCUAAGAUGUUAUUUGAGAAGGGCCGAAAAGAUGCUGCAAAAACAUUAGUUAUAUUUAGAACAUAUGAAGCUGCUACCGAUCCUGCUGUUAAGCAAAAACUCGAACAACUAGGUUACAAGGUUGUUGUUGUUGGUCUGGGUCAAGAUAUUAAUCCAACAGAACUUGUUGAUUUAGCAGGAGAAAAAGGAGACGUGGCAACGUCUGCAAAUGAAAAGGAUGAUGACGACGUUUCUAAAAGAAUUAUUGAUAGUCUUCUGCCAGAUCCAUGCCGAUUGGUUACUUGUAGUUUUGGAAGCAAAUGUCUUUCUAAGCUUGACCGGUCAUAUGAAUGUGUCUGCAAAGUUUGUGAUAAAAAUAACAACAAACCUGUUUGUGGUAGCAAUGGAUUAACAUACCAAAGUAAAUGUCAUCUCGAUUAUUAUGUUUGCUCAAAGAAGAUGUCUGUUACAGUUGCUAAAAGUCAGCCAUGUGGUUUAUCCCAAUCAGUCGAGAUGUUUUAUUUACUUGAUAUAUCCAAAGAUGUUAAUGAUGAGAAACUGAACAGCAUGCUACAAAUAUUAAAUAACCACGCCCAUGCUCUCCAAGAUCCAUCCAAGAAUGCCAAAUUCUCAGUGUUCUUUUACCCAUCAUCUACAAGCAACCUACAGUAUCCCUUGUACAGUAACAGCAAGAUCACAAACGGUCUUGCUGAUGAUAAAAAGAUUAAAACUCUGAUAGAGGGAGUCAUAAAUUCGGAGGAGUUUAAGGAAAUAAAAUUUAAAGAAGACAGAAAACUUGACACUGCACUAGACGCUUUAAUUCGUCAAAUGGCCCAAAAAAGUGAUAACAGCACCAAUCGAGUUAUUGUUGCUUUCGUUGCUGGAGAAAGCGACCCAGCUUCAUCUCUGGUUCUCUCAGACAUUGCCAAUGAUCUGAAAAAGAGAAAAAUCCAACUGUUAUUUAUUGUGGACAAAAAGAAAGCAGAUGUUGACGAAUUGAAGAAGGCUACACCAGUUAAUAACAUUGUUUUAACAGACUUUACCAGUGAUUUUGAGAAUUCUUUACCGAAGCUAUCAAAAGUACUUGAGGAAGCCAUUGGCAACAAAAAAGAUGCUGAUAAUAUGUUAGACAUUGGUAUUUUAAUGGGUGGACCCUAUUCUCAACUGUACAACCAACAACGUAAUUUAAUGAAAGAAGUCAUUGCUAAUUACGAUAUUUCCUCUACCGCUGUGCAAGUUGGUGUUGUGACGUACGGACAAUCUGCUAUGUUACAGAUACCUCUAAACAAACACAAAAUAAAAAAAGGGUUACAGAGCGAACUUUCAUUUAUUAAACCAGGUGCUCCUGGAAAUAAUUUUAAUGGUGGCCUAAAUGUGGUUUUGUCAGACCUUUUUAGCACAAAUUACGGAGCAAGAAAGUUGGCUGCAAAAAGGUUGCUGGUAUUUGUCACCGACCAAGUAAAUAUUGAUCCAAACAUUGCUCAAAAGUUGGAAAAUAGUGGUGUUAAAAUCAUUGUUCUCACGGUUGGACUUCCACCUGAUAGCAACAAGGUUAAAGAGUUAGUCGAUGACAUCAAUAAUAUUGUUACCACUGGUCCUGUUGAUGUCGAUGGAACUGUGACAGAAGUUAUAGAAAAGUUAAAUCCAGACAAAUGUAAAACAACAUCGUGUGAUUUUGGUAAAUGCCUCCAAAGAUUGGAUGGAACAACAGAAUGUAAUUGUGAAGUAUGUCCUCCAAACUAUGCUCCAAUUUGUGCUAGCAAUAAACGAACUUAUGCGUCUGUAUGUCAUCUGAACAGAUAUAGGUGUUUAUAUAAAAGAAAUGAUGUUGAAGUUGUGAGCAAUGAACCAUGUGGCUUUUCUGCCCCAUUAGACUUGGUAUAUGUAAUAGACACUUCAAAGGAUUCUCCUUCAACUUGGUUGUCUAAUCUUCAACAGUACAUAUCCAAUGAUCUGAAAGGGUAUAAUGUUAGCAACAAAGGUGUUCACAUUUCUGUUGUGAAAUAUGCUGAUGUUGCCAAAGUUGUGCUUUCUUUAAAAGAAGGUAUUUCAAAGGAUCGCACUAUUAAUGCUGUUAGAAGCUUAACAAUUUCAAAGGGAACUAGAAAGGUUGAUAAUGCUUUAAAGGUUGUCAAUGAAAAAGUCCUCACGACAGCGAAUGGUGCUAGAGCUAAUGCUAAAAAAUUAGUUAUUUUGUUUAUGACUGGCAAAUCAGAUCCAGAGAGUUUAUCAAGCAUACAAAAAAAUGCUGAAGUUCUCAAAGGAAAUGGUGCAACUAUUACUGUUAUUGGAUUAGGAACCGACUUACGAAAAACAGACAUCAAAGAUAUUGGUAGCUUUGAUGACACAUCUAUUGUUGUGCCAUAUGACAAUUUGCCAAAUGUCAUGUCAUUCAUUUCAGGAAUACUAUCACAGCUAUCAGAACCAUCACAAAGUAUCGACUUAAUGUUUGUUGUGGGAACAACACCUGAUUCUAACUCUGAUCCGAAACUUUCAUUGCAAAAGAAACUUAUAAAAUCAAUUUUAUCAGAAUAUGAAUUAUCACCUUCACAAGUUAAUGCUGGUUUGAUUACAAUUGGAGAGAAGCCUGAAACGUUUCUUCCAUUAUCAAAAUACAAUGAAGCAAAAAUGUUUAAUUCUCGCCUUAAUGAACUUUUGCCAGUUAGAACAGGCUAUAACAUCGACGCUGCACUUACACUCGCCAAUGAGGAACUCGAAAAGAGUAAACGUGAUGUAGAGAAGAUUAUUGUUUUGUUUCUUGUGGAUAAACCAGAUGAAGAUCCGGCAGACACUGCAAAACAGAUGAGGGAAAAAGGUGUAAAAAUAACUGUUGUUGAUAUUAAAGGAGAUCUUGAUAAAAGCAUACUUAAUGAUAUAGCAGGUAAAGAUGGAAAUAUACUCAAUACCAAAUCAAGUCAUGACAUUAAGGACACAGUGGAUUCUCUGGUUGACAAUGUCAAGCCAGAUCCAUGUGAUAUCAUUGCUUGUCAUGGCUCAACAAAAUGCGUAGUUCAAUCUGAUAAUACUCCGACCUGCAAAUGUCCACCUUGUAAUGAAAAAUACAAGCCUGUUUGUGGUAGGGAUGGUCGUACAUAUGCAAACAAAUGUUACUUAACUUCUAUGGGUUGCAAUAAAGGAAAUGAAGCCAGUGUUGCAAAAGAAACUGCUUGUGGUAUCACACCAAAAAAUCUUGAUUUAGUUGUUGCUUUUGAUGCAUCAGCAUCUGUGGAUAGAGAACAAUUUAGAAACAUAAAAGACAUUGUUUACAAUAGUUUGUCUACCUAUGACAUAUCCAAUCCAACAGUUCGUUUGAAUUUACUAUCAUUUGGUAACAAAGUUCAGGAACAUCUAAAAUUUGACAGUGGCAUUACUGAUUUACUUCUGAAGGACAAGUUGAAAGCUGUCAAUCUCCUUGGUGGUGCAAGAAGCAUUUCUUCUGUUCUAAAGCACAUAAAGGAUACAUAUCCUAAAGGAGGCAGCCAAAAGAAGCUGUUGCUUUUAGUUAUAACUGGUAAUACCAAUCCUGCAGAUAAAGAGUAUUUAGCAACAGAAAUUAGAGAUUUGAAGACGUUAGGUUUUAAGACAGUUGUCAUUGCUGUUGGCCAGAAUAUCGAUGACAAAGAAUUAAAGUUAUUGUCUACUGGUGAUGAAAAUGAUUCAAGUGGUGAUGUCCUUGUUGUUGGAAGUAGUAAUAUGUUACCAACAAUUUUGGGAGAUAUUGAAGAAAUUAUUGGUCGAUAUACAGCUUCACCAGAUGAUACUGCUGACCCAAUCGAUGUUGUCUUUGCCAUGGGAGCCUCAAGUAAUAACAAAGAUAAAGCAUUUGCUGCACAGAAAAAGUAUGCUCAAAAUAUUAUUGAUGAGUACAAAAUAUCUCCUAGUGGCACUCGUGUCGGCAUACUAACGUAUGGUAACACUGUGAGAACAUCGACUGAACUAAGCGAAAUGCUUGAUGCUAAUGGACUUAAGAUAAAAGUUAAUAAUCUCAAGAAUCCUGGAGAUGGCGCCAAGUUUGAUUUGGCUUUAAAAGCAGCACUGAAUAUGUUGAGGAGUGAAAAGGCACGCGUUUCAGCUAAAAAGUCUAUUAUUUUGUUUACUGAUUCUAAGAACAGUGGUGAUGUGUCAGACCUGUACAAAUAUUCCAAUGACCUGAAAUCGAAUAAUAUCAAGCUUGUUGUUGUUGGCUUUGGUAAAGAUGUUGAUGAAUCUGAACUUAAAGGGAUUGUUGGUAAUCCAGGUGAUGUCAUAGUUGUUGAAGAUUACGAAAAGUUCCCAAAAGGAAAAGAAGUUUUAGAUAAAACAGUAACUGAUCCGUGCGAAAAUGCAGAUUGCCCAUUUGCUUCGAAAUGUGUAUCCAAGCUAGACAAAACAGUAGAAUGUAUGUGUCCUGUGUGUGAUUUAAAGUAUGGCUUGGUUUGUGGUGAUAAUGGAAAAACCUACGGUUCUAAAUGUUUGUUGGAAGCUGAGGCCUGCGAACAGAGGAAAGUUAUUAAACGUGUCAAAGAUGGUGCUUGUGGGAUAGAAAAAGAAGUCGAGAUCUUGUUUGCAAUUGACAGCUCCAGUGGAACAAGUCAAAAAGACAUUGCCAUGAUGUCCGAUUUUAUUAAAAAUGUUCUCAAACAAUACAAAAACACACAAAAAGAAAAUAAUUUAGGACUUUUGAAUUAUGGUUCCUAUACAAAAUCUGAAUUGGACCUUUCAAAGAACAAUAGAGAAAAUCUAUUGAAAGCUUUAGUAGAUCUGAAGAAAGUUGAUGGAGAGAGAAAUUUAAGCCCUGUCUUUGAAAAGGCCAGUUUGGAGAUGUCUUACGCGAUGGACCCUAAUACUAAACACCUUGUUGUUUUUGUUCUUGGCAAGAUAAAUCCCAAUGACAUCUCAAAAACAUUAAAAGCGGCUGAAAUACUUCGUUCUAAAUCCAUCAAGAUAACUUUAGUUGCCUUAUCCACUGGACCUCCAAUAAAUUUUAUGAAGGAAUUAACUGGAAAUACAAAGCAAGUAAUCAUUAUUGACAGUGUUGCUAAACUUCCAAAGGUUAUUGAUGAUAUUGAUAGUGUGAUUGGCUCUCAGGGACCCAUUAAAGUGUAUAAAGACAUUGCUAUUUUAUUUGGUGCACAUGGAAAAGAUGCAGUUAAAGAUUUUAAUCAACAAAAAGAACUUGCAAAUGAAGUUAUUCAAAGGUAUAAUGUAUCGUCACAGUUAGCAUUGUUUAGUCUUGUUGAAAUUGGCGAAACUCCUAACAUUGCUUUAAAAUUCACAAACAUCCACAAACAUAGAUUAUAUUCUGCUAUUCUGAAGUUAACAAACAAAGCCUUGCAAAGCCCGAUUAAUGUUCUUAAAAACAUUAAAUUUGUAAACAAAGUUGUGUUUACAACGGAAAAUGGAGCUAGAGAUGGUGCUGGCAGAGAAAUCAUUUUGUUCAUGAAUGAUAAAUCAAAAAAUAAUGACGAAGAACUUAAUGAAGCAGUUGGUGAAUUGGACAACAACAAUGUUAAGAUAACUGUUGUCCCAGUUGGUAAAAAUGUGGAUUCCAAAGAAGUAGAAAAGAUUGCAGUUAAUGGUAAUGUUGUAGACACAAAAGACAAGGAUUUGUUGGACAAUGUAGAUAAUAUCGUGAAUGUCUUGAAGCCAGAUGCUUGUGCUGAUGUAAAAUGCUCAUACAGUGGAAAGUGCAUUGAGAAAACAGAUGGAUCAACUGAAUGUAUCUGUAAAACCUGCCCUGCAUUGUAUGCACAAGUAUGUGGUGAUAAUGGUAUAACUUAUGCAUCUAAAUGUCAUCUUGAACAGGCUUCUUGUCAACAGCAGAAGCCAAUAUUGAUGGUGAAAGAUUCUCCUUGUGGUACAAGCAAGGGUUUAAAUGUAAUAUACAUUAUUGAUACCUCCAAAUACACAUCGACAGAAGAUCUUGCAAAUAUAAAAGACUACAUUAGUGCCUCAGUAAAGAAUUUCAUGCUGUCUAAAAAUAAUGUUAAUGUUGGCAUCAUUGCUACAUCUGCAAAUCCUGGUGUUGUAUUAAAGUCUUCUGAUGGUACUUCAGAAGGUCUAGUUCUUUCUAAAUUGAACAAUCUGAAUAAAGGAUAUGGCAAAUUAAAUCUAAAUAAUGUCCUUGCAUUUUCACAAGAUAAUGUCUUUAAUACACUACGCAAAGGUGUGAAAACGCUGUUACUUUUCAUCACAACAAGCCCCAUUGUGUCAAACGAUAUCACAGCAGCAAAGGAUGUGUUAGAUGACCUGAAAGCAAAGAAAGAUUUCAAAAUUUCUGUUAUUUCUAUCGGCGAUGCAGAUCCUGAUGCUUUAAAGAAUCUUACAACCUUGCCAGAAAAUGUGGACACUAUAAAGAACAGCAAAGAUUUAACAAAUGUGUUUGAUGCCAUUGAUAAGGCAAUAAAGAAAAUGACCAAGCCAACUGAUGACACAGCGACAGACAUUGUUGCUAUUAUUGGUUCAAAUGCAUUUAAUAAACAGGAAUCUUUCGGAGAACAAAAAGAUUUUCUAGAAGCAUUUGCCAACAAAUAUAAAGUUGGUUCUACUGGAAUGCUGAUGAGUGUGGUAUUAAAUGGAAAUGAGCCAGAGUUGACAAAUCAACUCAAUUCUGCCCAAACGUCUUCGAAAUUGAAUUUAUUAUCACACAUUAAGAACCUACGGAAUAAAGGGAACGGAUACAACCUUGGUAAAUCCAUACAACUAGCAAGAAAGUUGUUAUACAGCACCGAUGACGGUGCAAGAAGAGAUGCAGCAAAAACUGCUCUUAUCAUUGUUGAUUCUAAAAUUACAGGCUCAUACACUGUUCUCGAUAGUGAAGUUAGCAAGUUAAAGGAAUCUGGUGCAAAGGUUAUUUUUAUCAGUGUUGGUGAGAAAGCAGAAUCAGACGUCCUAAGAAACUUGGUUUCUGAUAAAGCUGAUCUCUUUAGAGCUGAUAAACCUGAGGAAUUGAAGGAUUUAGUUGAAAAAGUGGCUAAUAAUAUCGCACCUGAUGGUUGCUCACAAAAAUCCUGCAAGCACGGAAAAUGUGUGACCUUAACAGAUAACACUGCAUCUUGCUUGUGCACGACUUGUGAAAGUGGAAACUACCAACCUGUCUGUGGAUCAGAUGGUCGUAAUUACGCAUCACCAUGUGAGCUGGAACACUAUUCAUGCAGGAAUAGUAUAGAUGUCAAACUUCAGAAAAGUACACCUUGCGAAUCCAAACAGGCGGUGGAUCUUGUAUUUGUAAUUGACUCAUCAAAUAAAGUUCCAAAUACAGUGUUACUACAAACUAAAGUUUUUAUCAAGAAUCUGUUGUCUAAUUAUAAGAUUUCUAAAGAAAAUGCCCAUAUUUCUCUGGUUAAUUACGGAGAAAAGCCAGAAAUUCUCAUAACACUGGAAAAAGGAACUGAAGCAAAGACUGUUGGAAAUGUUCUUAAUGCAAUACAAAAGUUGGGCGGGAAAAAUAACAUGGAAGAAGCAUUAAAAUUUGUCAAGACAAACGUGUUAACAUCAGAACAUGGUGGUCGUGAUGGGGUACACAAACAUGUUGUUUUGUUUACAUUCUCACCUGAAGAAAGAAAUGAAAAAAUUAUUGAUGCAGCAAAACGUCUUAAGGAAAUAUCACCUGAUGGUGCAAGCAUCACUGUAGUUGGAGUUGGAAAACAUGACAAGGAAUAUCUUUCAGAAAUUGCUACUAGUGAAAACGAUGUUGUGUUAGUACCGGCAACAAAAUUGUCCAAGGAUGCCUUGUUGAAUGUUUUAUUUGGUCCUAAAUUUGUGGAAGUUGCAGAUAAUAUCAAUGAAAACACUACACCUGUUGGAUUGGAUGUUGUCUUUGUCUUCAGCUCAGCAGGUGUAAAUGCAUCAGCUCUCUUCGAAAAGGAAAAAUACAUUGCUCAACUUCUUGCAAAGGAAUACACAUUAUCGCCAAAUACUGUCAAUAUAGGUGCAAUUAUUGAUGCCAACACUGGGCCUAAGAUUGCUGUUAAACUUGAACCUUAUGCAACAAGUGAAAAUAUUCAAUCUAAGUUAUCAACCAUCAACUAUGAAGGUGAAAGCAAAGACAUUGCGCAAGCUGUAGAAUUUGUCAAGGACAAGGUAUUUGACAAGCAGUCAAAUAAAAGAAAGAACGUUCCAAAAACUAUUGUUAUAUUCUUCAAUAAAAUCGAUCAGGAAGUAGGCAAUAUAAAAACAGCUGUUAUGAAGUUAAAGAACGACAAUGAAGUAACCCUUGUUGCUGUACCUGUUGGAAAAGGUUCUGAUAUAAAUAAAAUUGUUAAAAUCUUAAGCGAAAAAGACAGCAUUGUAACCAUCGAUGUAGAGCUACCCGAUGAGCAAAAGAAAAAUAAAGUUAAAGAUCUUGCAAGAAAAACAUACCCUGAUAAGUGUCAGGAAAAAUCGUGUGAUUUUUAUGGAAAUUGCGUAACUAAAACCGACCAGGAAAUAGAAUGCGUUUGUACCGUAUGUGAUGACACAUAUGACAUGCUUUGUGCAUCUGAUGGAAAAACAUAUGCUAGCGAAUGCUGGAUGAAGAGAGAAGCUUGCAAAAAAAAGGUCAGCAUUAACCUGGUGAAAAAAGGUCCAUGUGGUGUCUCAUCGCCGUUAGAUGUAGUGUUUGCUGUCGAUACAUCAGAUGCUGUUGACAAAGAACUUUACAAUAAAGUCCAAGAACUGUUAAAAGAAAUGACCACGCAGUUCCAAGUAUCACCAGACCUUGCCCAUAUUGCUUUUACAUCAUUUGGAAGCAAAACUAAUUCUACCUCUUUGGGUGAUGGUACUUCAGAGAAUGACGUCCUAAAACACAUCAUGACGUUACCUGCAAUGGGGGGAAAAGUUGAUUAUGUUAAUAUGCUCAAAUCAGUCAACAAAAAUGUGUUACGUAAUAGUGGUCGUGAGGUACCAAUACAGUUGAUCCUUUUCGCAGUAGGUGAUGCCAACCCUGUUGAUGAAUCGGCCAUUAAAAAGGAAAUACAAAAAAUCCAAUCAGAGCACAUUUUGAAAGGAAUAUCUGUGUUUGUUGUUAGCUUGUUGGAUAAAAAUAAUACCUUGGAAAGAGCUCUUGACCCUGAAGAUGAGAUAUAUUAUCCAGAGGGAAUCCCAGACAUACCAACCUGUGUCACAGUUGUUGAGGAAAAUGCAAAACAACUUCUUGAUAAAACUAAGGUAAUGGAUAUUGGAAUCAUAUUCAGUGGCAAUAAUCCUGAAGGUAAUGCUGUAAAAGCUAAUUUUGUUAAAAAGUUUUUGGAGAAGUAUACGUUAACACAAGACAAAACUCGAGUUGGUAUUAUUAAACCUACUGCAAAAGGUUUACCUUCCUUCCUAAAAAAGCUAAGCGAGCAAAUGACAGCAGAUGACAUCGAGAGAGAUCUAUUGUCAAUUGCCGCUUCUGGUGCUAUGGAUACUUUUGUCUCUCAGGCUCUUAAGUUAGCAAAGAAUGAAUUAUAUGACAAAUCUAACGGAGGACGAAACCAUGCUUUUAAAUCUCUGCUUGUUAUAUUGCAUGGCGAUGACAAGCAAUUAAACAAAUCAGUUCAGUACGUAGACGAAUUAAAGAGUCUCUCAGAAAAUGCUGUCAAAACUGUUGUGGUAGCAAUUGGAGGAAGUGUUAUUAACAAAGAUUUAGCAGAUGCUGUUAAACCAAAAACGAAUCUGGUAACUGUUGAGAAUCCUGAUAAGUUAUUUGACAAGUUAGAUGAUAUUCUCAAAAAGAUUAGACCUGAUGCUUGCCUAAAAGCAAAAUGUCAUGAUCACAGCUUAUGUGUGGAAAAUGGAAAUAAAGCUAGCUGUGUUUGUAAAGAUUGUCCUUACCUCUAUGAUCCUGUCUGUGGAAAUAAUGGUAAAACCUAUGCAUCGAAAUGUGAGAUGCAUUUGGCAUCAUGUAAACAAAAUGUGCACUUGAAAGUAGUGAAAAACAAACCAUGCGGUAUAAGACAUCUAAAUGACGUCGCAUUUGUGAUUGACACAUCUAGUGAUGUUUCAAAGAACGAGCUGUCAGAUGUGAAAGAUUUUAUAAAAACUUUCUCUACAUCAUACAAAUUUAAUGGUGAAACUUUUAUAUCAAUUGUCAACUAUGGUCGUCAAACCCAAAUUCCUUUACUGUUAAAAGGAGGUGGUUCAUAUAGAGUUGUUGAUUAUACUCUCGAUUUUAUAUCGGCUAUUGGCGGAAAAAGAAAUAUGGGCAGUAUGUUUACUGCUUUAAGCGACGAUGUAUUUACUAACCAAAAUGGUGCCAGAAGUAAGGCUGUUAAAACUGCUAUUUUGUUUGUACAUGGCAACAACAUGGAGGGAAUUGAUAAAAACACAAUAAAACAAAUCAAGGACAAAGGUAUAAAGGUUAUUGUUAUUGCUAUUGGUGAAAAUGUAAACAAAGGCGACAUUGAAGAUAUUGUUGACAAUAAAGCAGAUGCAAUAUACAUUGGAAAGACCUCUGAUUUGCCAACUGCCUUUACAAAACUUGAAGGUGCUCUUUCAAACACAGAUGUAGAAAACAAUGUUCUUGAAGUGGGUAUACUUAUGUCAACAUUUGAUCAACAACGUGACUCUUCGUGGUUUAAGAAGCAGAAGGACACUAUAAUUGAACUCAUCAAUAGUUAUUCCACGUCAACAGUAGAUGUACGGUUUAGUGCGAGCAUAUAUGGUGAUUCUGUGAAAGUCCUAAAAUGGUUUAAUUCUGGUGGUAAUUCUGAAGAGUUUAAAGCAUACAUAAAAAAUGUUCGAAAGCCUAAAGGUGAUGGAGUUGUCAAAAAUGCUUUGAAAGCAGCAGCUGAAGAAAUGUUUUCUUCCAACUCUGGCUCUGUUAAAACUUCAAGGAAAGUGUUACUGUUGUUUAUUGAUAGUGGUGGUCAAAAUUAUAAUGCAACUCAAGAACUUCAAAAGUUAAGAAAUAAAAAUGUAAAGAUCAUUGUGAUACUAUCUGGAGAUCCAUUGUCUUAUGCAGGCAUUGAUAAUAUUAUUGGAAAAGAUGGCAAGUUAAUUGUGAUUAAAGAUCCUAAGUCCGAUACCACUGCUAAUGUUGCAGAUACCAUAAAUAAAAUCUUAAAAUCAGACAUUUGUGAUAAUAAAGUAUGCGAAUACUAUGCUACAUGUGUUGUCUAUCCUGAUAAAACCUCUGAUUGUGUUUGUCCUGUAUGUGAACCCAUGUAUUCACUUGUAUGUGGCUCUGAUGGCAGCACCUAUUCUAGUGAAUGUAUGCUAAAGCAAAAAGCUUGUAGAGAGAAGAAAAUGAUCACUGUAGUGGACAAAACAGGAUGUGAACCCAGCAAAUCAAUCAAUUUAAUUCACGCAGUUGAUAUGUCUACCGAUGUACCUAGUACCACUUUAAAUAAAGUAAUUGAACUUGUUACACAAGUAUCUAAAAAGUAUGACCCUAAAGCCCAUGAUGUUAAACUGGUUGGAUAUGCCGAUUCUCCAGACGCAAUAAACACAUUUGAGAGACAAAAGGAAAUUGCUAUCAGUGAAAUUCCCUUCUAUAAGCCUCUAAGUGGAUUCAAUUUGGAAAAGAUGCUAAAAGAAGUCAAACGUACCUUCAAGAAAAACACUGAUAAACCAAAUGGUUUGAUCUUGUAUCUGAACACAAACUUAGCGCAAGAUAAAAACAUAAGGGAUUUAAUUAAGUCACUGAACGAUGAGGAAAAGAAGAACUUCAUCAUUACAGUUGUUCUUCAGCCUGGCUCAUCUGUUGAUUCUAUUUCUGAUAUUGAAAAUGUAGUUCCAACUAAUACCGACAAAUUACCAGAAGUAGUUGACAACAUUGACAGAAAGAUUAAUGACCUUAGUAAUGUUGGUGAUGUUGAACUGGAUCUUGGAUUCAUUAUGGGUUCAUAUAGUUUAAAUGCUGCUGAAGCAUUUAAUUUGGAGAAAGAUUUUGCAGCACAAUAUAUACAAACUCUACCUUAUCGUAAAGAUAAAAUAAAUAUUGGCUUUAUUACGUAUGGGAAAUCUGCAAAUGUUGAGCACAAAUUUGGAGAGAUAACAACUAUCGCAUCUGCUUUACAGACGCUAAAAUUUAACAUUAGAAAUCCCAAUAACGGAAAUAAUGUUACUAUCGCGUUGCAAGCUGCCAGAAAAAAUUUGUUUAAGGAAGCUACAAAUUUAAACACAUAUGGUACACGCAGAAAUGCUUUGAAAUCACUGGUUGUCUUUAUUGACCAGCCUUUGUUAGAUGAUGUCACCAAAGAAGUUUCACUUCUACAAGAUGCUGGCGUACAGGUUACUUUUGUUGCUCUUAUGGACAAGAUUGAUAAAGAUAUGUUAAUAAAAAAAAUUGGACAAGAAGUUACCGUGUUAUUUAUUAAAGAUGGGAAAGUAUCUACAGAUGAUGUUAAAGAAACAGUUGAUAAAAUUUCUUCUGAUCAAUGUAAAAAGGAUAGCUGUGAUGCAUCUUCCCGAUGUGUCGAGGCAGUGUAUGGUGCUCCGAAAUGUGUUUGCCCAGUUUGCCCAAAUGUGUAUAUUCCAGCUUGUGCAAGUAAUGGAAAAUUGUACGCAAGUCGUUGUCAUAUGGAAAAAGAUAUGUGUGAAAAUAAAUUGAUACUUGAACAUGUUGCGAGGGAAGCAUGUGAUGUGCAAGAGGCAGCUGAUAUUGUGUUUGUGGUUGAUAGUUCACAAGAUGUUUCUGAAGCUGCAUUUGACAAUAUCAAAAAAUAUUUGGUGUCAACAAUUUUUGCUUUAAAUAAACCGAAAAACAUAAGAACAUCAGUUGUUUCGUAUGGUGAUGGAAAGGAAGAUUUAACUAUUCCACUUGAUGAUGACAGUUUGGAUAAAGAAGCCAUCUCUGCCUUGAUUAAAAACAUGCCUAAGUUUGGUGGAGAACGUACCUUGUAUGAUGCACUGGUUUAUGUAAAAAAUAAUGUGUUGUUAAAUACCGCUGAAGCUAGCAAACAUAUCGUGUUUGUGUCUAGUGGACCUGUGAAGGAUCCAGUUAUCAUUGAGUAUGCUGUGGAUAACUUUAGGAAGAAUAACAAGUUUACAUAUACAUUUGUUGUGCUCGAUGACAAUGCUGAAACCUUAAAACAGAUAGAGAAGAUUUCAAAGGAGAAUGAGGAUAUUGUUGAUAUUAACAGAUCAGAUAAUCUUCCAGAGUAUUAUGCUAAUGUAAUUGAUGCAAUUAAAAAAGCAGUUCAAAGAUCGAAGUCAUAUCCGAGUGACGUUGGACUUGCCUUCUUAUCUUCUGAUCAAUCGAAUGUGAUUUUCAAUUCUCAAAAGAGUAUGGCUAAGAAAUUAAUCAAUAAAUACAAAGUUGGAGUUGCCAGUACACUGUUUGGUAUUGUACACAAUGGCAAAGAACCAGAAAUUGUCUUACACAUUGGAAAUGCUGACACAAAGGCUGAUACCACCACUGUACUUGAUUCGUUGAUGUAUCACGAUAAUAAAGAAGAAAAUGACAAGAUGAUGAAAACAUUGAGUUUAACAGAGGAUAUGUUUAAUAGAAAGAAAUCUUUAAGAAAAGUUAAAUCAAACUCUCUCUUUGUUUUUAUUGGCAAAGCUGCUGUUUCAGUGUUAACAAAUGAAGCGAAACAAAAAAUACAAGAAUUUGAAAAGAACGAUUUCACACCCAUAUUUGUCGUUCUUGAAAAACUAUCUAAUAAAGAGAGGGCUAUUUUAUUGAAUAUUAUUAAAGAUCCAAAACGAAUAGUUAAUCCUGAUUCUGUUGAUGAUUUUAAUGGAAAAGAUAUUCUCGUCACUACGACAUCAGAUCCUUGUAAAGAAAACAUAUGUGGAGAAGAUUCAGUCUGUGUACGAACAUCAGCCUUGUCUGCAAAAUGUGCCUGUCCUUUAUGCAAAGAAACAUAUGCACCUGUUUGUGGAGAUAAUGGUAAAACAUAUGCAAGUCAAUGUCAUUUGAAUAACUAUGCCUGUACAAGCAGAGAAUUAAUCCAAACAGUAAAGCAAGCACCAUGUGGAGUGUCUCAAUUAUCAACACCUUUGGAUAUUGUUAUUGCCAUCGAUGCAUCUGACAGAGUAACAGAUCAAGAUAUAUCAAAAUUAAAAGAAUUUUUUAAGGCGUCGUUGAAAGGAUAUGAUUUAAACUCGAGCAAGAUAUCAGUCACUGUUUUAUCAUAUAGUGACUCGGUGAAAAACAUUGGACGUAUAGAGAAACCUGAUUCUAUAAACACAGUUUUAGAGAACCUUUUAAAGCAGAAUGGAAAAGCAAAUAUAUCUUUAGUGCUUAAGGAAAUCAAUAACAAUUUAUUUAAAGAGGACUUGGGAAAUGGCAAAAUGUUAGUGCUCCUGGUUCCUGCAAGUCCUACUGAAUAUGCUGAAGACCAACUUAAACAUUUUGGAAGUGAAUUUAACAAAAAAAACAUUAAAGUUGUUGUUCUUCGUAUCGGGAAAACAUAUGAUGUUAAAGAUCCAUUGGAUGAUGUUACAGGAAAAGGAAAGAACAUAGUGAAUAUUGAUAAUUCCGGUAGUCUUCCAGAUGUGAUUGGGAAGUUGGAGGAAAUUGUGGGAAAUGCACUAACAACUCCUUCUAAAGUUGAUUUAGCUUUCUUAUUUGGUCCAUAUGCAACUAAAACUCAACAUCAGCUUCAAAGUAAUUUUAUCAAACAACUGUUAGCGAAUGUAAGUUUUGCAAAUAAAGAUGUCAAGUUCGGCAUAUUAACAUAUGGCAAAGAAACAACAAUAAAUUACAAACUUGGUGAAUUGCCAACACAAGCUUCACUAAAUAAUGCGUUAUUAGGAUUAAAACGACAAGGAAAGGUAUUUGAUAUGGCUUCUUUGUUAAGAGUGACAAUGACAGAAUUUUUCAGCGUUAAAAAUGGAGCAAGGAAGGGAGUACCAAAAACAGUUGUGUUAUUUACUACCGAAGACCUACCAGACAGCACAGAUUUUAGUCCAUUCAAAAAAGAUGGAAUAAAACUUAUUGUUAUUGGCUACGGUGAUAAGGUGGAUUCAAUGCCUCUAACAUCAACAGUUGGUCAGGACGGAUCUGUGUUUGUACCAAAGACAGAAAAAGAACUGCAAGAUAUUUUGGAUAACGUGCUAAAGGAGGCUCAGAAGCCUGCAACAUGUUCUACCAAAAAGUGUCCCUUGUAUGGAAAUUGUGUUAUGGAUGCAGUCAAUAAUGUAGAAUGCGUAUGCCCAGUUUGUCAGGAUGAUUACGAUCUAGUAUGUUCAACGAGUGGAGUUACCUACGCAUCAACAUGUAGAUUGAAACGCGAAGCUUGUCUCAAAGAAAUUGAUCAAAAAGUCUUAAAAAACAGUGCUUGUGGUAUUUCCAAAAAACUCGAUAUAGUUUAUGCUCUUGACACUUCUGGCGAUACGACUGACAAAACUGUUAUGGAUCUAAAGAAAUUCGUACAAGGCUCUCUCAAGCUUUAUGAUUUUUCCAAUGACAAAACACGCAUUGGAUUAUCAACUUUUGGUGACUCCUUUGAUGUCACUUUGCCUGCAUCUGAUGGAACAAACAUGUAUAUUGUUGAAGAUGCCAUCAGAAAAAGUAAAAUCAUUGGUGGCAUGAGAAAUCUUACCAAUAUGCUAACAUCAAUCAACAGCAAAGCAUUUUCAAAUGAUCGAGGUAAUAUUGCAAAGGUGUUCCUGUUAGUUCUUGCUGGAAAAAAUGCGAAACCAAUGGAGAAAGAAUUGAGAUUUGCCUCGAAACAGCUUCAAUCACACAACAUCCAGAUGUUUAUUGUCGCAGUUGGAGAUGAUUUGGAUGACAAUGAGAUUUUGGCAUUAUCACCAGAUAAGAACAAUAUAUUUUUGGCAAAGGAGAAUAAAGAUAUACCUGGUGGCAUAAAGGAAUUAGAACAAUAUAUUGGGAAAAUUAAUGCUUUAAAAGAAAUGACAAAUCUAGCCAUUGUAUUUGGGCCAUCAAACUCAAUUAAAUCUGUUAAGAAAAACAUUGUUGCUGCUAUAAGUAAACUAACUGUUUCGACGGAAAAAGUUCUACCAGCCAUUGUUACCUAUGGAAACGAAGUAAAAACACUCUUUGAAAUCGGUGAUUUACCAAAUCUUCAAAUUGCUUCUAAAGAAAUUCAAAAUCUCCAGGAAUCUCAACCGGGAAACACUAUUACUGAAGCACUAAAGAGUUCAAAAUCUUUAUUAACCAGUAGAAGACCAUCUGCAACAAAAACAAUAUGGCUUGUCCUAUCAAGUAAUAUUGCAAACCCUGAUGCUCUAAAAAACAAGAUCAAGGAAAUGCAAGGAGAUGGUUACCAGGUUUUAAUUUUUGCAACCAAAGAUAUUGAUAAUAAAAUAACAGAUAUUAUUAAGGAUGGCAACAUCGAUAUUGUCAAAAUAAUGGAUGAUAUAAAUAAACUUGACACUGACAAAGUCAUCGAUUCAAUAGAAACAGAUCCUUGCAAUAAGAUGAAAUGCACCCAUUCAUCUAUUUGUGUCAAGAAGCAAGAUAAGACAGCGGAAUGUGUUUGCAUUUCAUGUGAAACAUUUACAUAUAAACCCGUGUGUGGCUCGGAUGGUCAUACCUAUGCAUCAGAGUGUCAUUUAAUGCAACAAAACUGUAAAUCUAAAAAGGAGAUAACUAUCAUAAAACAAGAAGCGUGUGGUAUAACCCCAAAAGGUAUUGAAAUUGUAUUUCUGUUUGAUAACUCAAAUGAAAUGCCAUCAGAGGAGUAUAAAAAGAUUAAAAACUACAUCAAAGCUGCAAUGUCCUCUUACAAAAUUUCACCAAAUUAUGGUCGUGUUCGAAUUGUUACAUAUGGUGGACCCAAUCCUAACUUAAUUGAUGGUACCUCACAAGCAUCUAUUGAACAGCAGCUAGAUUUGUCAAAGAGAGUCAAUCAAAAGCCCAAUUUUAAUGCAGCAUUAAGCUUUGUACAGUCUUACGUUUUUAAUGAGAAAUCUGGUAGUGAUCCCAAGACUAAAAAAGUUCUUAUUGUCUUCGCACGUGAAGGGUUUACAGUUUCCAAUCCAGAGCAAACAAAAAAAACUAGUGAGAGAAUGGGAAGUGAUGGUGUUAAAGUUAUUGUUGUUGGUGUUGGGAAACUAGAUUUCACCUUAACCGACAUUGCAACUAACCACCCAGACAAGAUUUUACCUACCUCUAAAAAGCAAAGGUUGGAGGAAUCUUUGGGUGAUUUAGAGAAGUUAGUGGCACUAUUAACAGGAGAAAAGAACACGCUUGACGUUGGAUUUAUUCUUGGUUCAAAAACGAAAACAGGUUUAAAAGAUCAAAUCAACUUUAUCCAAUCUUUAUUACCCAAGUACCUCAUCUCAGCCGACUCAACUCACUUUGCUGGGGUUGUUAACGAAGACAAUGUUAAUGUUAUUUUGUCAUUUAAAGAUGGAACCAAUACAAAAACCAUCUCAGACUCCCUAAAAGAACUCCCACACAAACCCUCAAGUGAUAACUUAAAGAAAGCUUUGGAAUACGCCGAACGUUCGUUGUUUUCUUCUACAAAUGGAGGCAGGGGUGAUGCAAAGAAAACUUUGCUCGUGUUUCUGGAAAAGUUACCCACUGACUCGAACAUGAAAACUUAUGAAAAACGUUUAAGAAACAGAGACAUUCAAGUUGUGUUUGUUGUUAUGAAUACUACUGCCAACCUGUCGAAUCGUACAGACAUCUUUGUGGACCCAGUCACCAGCGUUGUUACUAUCAAUAAAAACAAUACAGACGAUUCACUAAAAGAUGUAGUGAAUGCUACUGUGAAAAAUUUAUGUGCCAACAAGAAAUGUUUCUUUUAUUCAACGUGUGCGGUAUUACCAUCAAACACAGAAUGUAUAUGCCCACUGUGUACUUCAAAGGAAGUGAAACCUGUUUGUGGUUCUAAUGGUAGAACAUACACUAACUUAUGCCUGUUGCAGCGAGAUUCUUGCCUUUCACAGAAGCAGAUCAUAGUUGCAAAGACUAAGACUUGUGGUAUCAAAGAAAAUUUAAAUUUGAUUUAUGUUGUCGAUAACUCGGAUGGUUUAACAGCAAAAGAACUUGAACAGUUAAAAAUACUGGCAAAAGAAUCGUUGACAUCAUACAAGAUUCCUGAAUAUACAAGAGUCAAUGUCUUAAGUUUUGACAAACUAACUAAAGAAGAGUACUCAUUCACAGAUAAACAGUUCUUAAAAUUGAUUCAGAAUGCUAUUGGAAAUAUUGCAAAAGGCAAUGGAAAAGCUGAUUUUUUAAAUGUCAUCCAACAUGUAAAAUCUAAUACACUACCAAAUGCACAGAAGUCGUCUAAAACUGUUUUGUUGUUGUUCACACAAGGGAGUAGCAUUGAUGAAAGGCAUUUGAAAGAUUUAAGGAAAACACUACCUGGCGUUGAAACGGUUGUUGUAUCUAUUGGAGAUCCAUAUGACAUCUUUAAUAGUUUUGAUAUUAAAGUUAUUGAACAGGAUGCAGACAAAGUAAUUGAGAAUAUCGGUAAUAUUGAAGAUGCUGUAGGAAAUUUAAUAGGAUCUACAGAAAAACUGGAUGUUGUGUUUAUACCUGGCUCCACUGAAAAAAGUAUUGACAGCUCCUUCAACAAGCAAAAGGAUUUUAUCCUAAGAUUUUUGAAGCAACAAAAGAUAUCUAGAGAAGAUAUGUUACCUGGAGUAGUCACAUACAGAGCUGAAAGCGUCAUCAACAUUGGUGAUAUAACUGAUUUGGAAAAUGCAAAAACUAAUAUUUUAUCAAUAAAGAAUCCAUUAAAUGUUGAUGUUUCUCCUAGUAAUGACAUACUAAUUGCAUUGCGAAAGGUUCAAAAUAAUGUCUUUAAAACUUCAAAUGGUGCUCGCCAUGAUGCCAGAAAAUCACUAAUAAUAUUUAUGGAUAACAAAGAUCAAGUUAAUGAUGAAGUGAAAAAAGAAAUAAAACUCAUUGAAGAAAGUGAUGUAAAGGUUUUGAUCAUUGCCAUCGAACCAAAAAUAUCUGUUGAUGAUAUUAAAGGUAUCACAACUAAUCCAAAUGCAGUUACAAAAGUCAAGACACCAAAGGAAUUACCUGAUAUUAUCAAUUUUAUAGGACAUGGUAUCAAAACUGACAAAUGUAAAGGUAUUACCUGUGACUUUUAUGGAACUUGCAUAGCUACAUCUAAUGGAAAAACAGAAUGUGUUUGUCCAGUGUGUACCUCCACUGAAUAUUCUCCAGCAUGUGGUGAUAAUGGACAUACCUAUGCAAAUGAAUGUUACAUGAAGAAAAAUGCCUGUGAGAAGAAAAGAUCAAUCAUUGUUGCUAAGAACAAAGCAUGUGGAGUCUCAAAAGAAAUAGACAUUGCUUUCUUACUUGAUUCAUCUAAUUCCAUCACUGGUAACAGUUUUGAAAAAAUGAAAAAAUAUAUCACUGCUGUCAUUUCUACACUGGAUACAAAGUCUUCCAAAGCCCGUGUUUCUGUUGCCAAUUUUGGUAAAGAGACAAAAACUAUUGUUGACUUACAAUCUGGAACAGACAAAGGUAUAAUUGCCACGAAAGUAAAGGGUGCAACUAAAUUAAACGGACAAAGAGAUUUAAAAAAUGCACUAAAAUACGUCGAUGAAAAUAUCUUCAUGCCUUUUACUGAUAAUCGAGAUAAUGUUCAAAAGAUUCUUGUUCUUGUGACUGGAAAUGAAAUCAAUUCUCACAAGGAUACACAUUUUGUAGAUAGUGUUAAAAAAUUAAAAAGUCGAAACGUAAAAAUCGUUGUGGUUGGGGUCAACAUUGACCAAGAUGUAACUGACGAACUUUCAAAACCAGAAGACCUUAUUACAAAAAUGCCAGAUUUUAAUAAACUUCCAGAAUCUUUGGGAACAAUAGAGAAAGACAUCAGGGGUAGAGGUGUAAAGUUAGAUGUUGCGGUGGCAAUAUCAGGUACUGAUGAUUCCAGGGCUGAUUUAUUUGAAAAACAAAUUUCAUUCAUUAUAAAUGCAAUUAAAAACUAUAAAGUGCAUUCAGACUAUACACUUUUCAGUGGUAGCCAUUAUGCUAAUUCUGCUGUGAUAACCUUCCCAUUUCUCCAAUCGCAAACCCAAGAGGUGGUGAGAUCCCAAUUUAAAAAUAUGAAGAAUCCUGGAACUGGAUAUAAUGUUACAGAAGCUAUUUACACCACUUUGAAUGUGGCAUAUUCCCGUUUGAAUGGUGCUCGAAAAAAUGUUCCUAAAGCUCUGAUAUUGUUUGUGAGUAGCAAAGCUGAUGUCACAGAUUUAGAAAAAUAUAUGAAACAAAUGAAAGAUCAAGAUGUAAAUGUAGUACUUAUUGCCAUUGAUGGAGACGGUAAAUCUUUGAAACCACUGAUUGAUAAUCCGAAGCAGCUUAUUGUAUUUAAAGAUAUUGAGGAUGUUGCUAAGCUAGUCGAUGGUGUCAUUGAUGCUACUACGCCAGAUCCUUGUAAAACACAAACUUGCACAUUGUACAGCAAAUGUCUUUCACUGAGUGACCAGUCAACUGAAUGUGUAUGUCCUGUAUGUAAAGAUGAUGAAUUUGAACCUGUUUGCGGAUCUGAUGGUAUAACGUAUUCUUCUUCUUGCAACCUGAAACUGAGAUCCUGUCAAGAAAGAAAGAACAUUGUGAUAGCUAAUUAUGCACCUUGUGGUGUGAGGAAGAUAUUAGAUGUUGUCUAUGCAGUGGAUACGUCGAGAGAAGUGAAUAAGGACCUGUUAGAAAAAAUGAAAAAUUUUGUGGAAAAAUCACUAGGCAGUUACAUUAUUACUUCAAAACAGACAAAUGUUGGAUUAUUGCAAUACGGAAAAGAUGUCACUGUUAAAGUACCCCUACAUAUGGGUUUUGAUAAAACAACAAUUACUCAAAAUCUCAGACAGUUAAUAUUAACAAGUGACCCCCGUCGCAUGGAUAAAGCUAUGGAAGUUGCGAAAUCUCAACUAUCUUCAUCAAGCUCCAGAAAGAAUGCAUCAAAAGUAUUAGUUUUAUUAACAACAGGUGAAAAUGAUCCUUCAGGUAAAUCACGACUUUCUAAAGUAGCUGAAGAAUUAAAACAAACUGGUGUGAAGAUCGUUGUUUUGACCAUUGGAAGUGAAGAUAAUCCAGAUAUUGAUGAUAUAGUUAAUAACCCUGAUAAAGUGAUCAAAACUGAUUCAAAUGAUUUAGUUGAUAAGAUUGGCGAACUUGAGAAAGAAAUUGGAAAGAGUCUUAGUGAAAAGAAAAAGGUGGAUCUUGGAAUUGUACUCGGAUCAUCUUCUCCUAACUACAUACAAUUGUUUAAAGAACAAAAAGACUUCAUAAAAGAUGUGUUGAGCAGGUUAGAUAUUAGCUCAUCUUCAGUGUUACCUGGAAUCGUGACUAUGAACAGAUCACCAAAAACAGCUAUACAACUGGGAGAAGUUAACAAUGUAGAUUCAGCCAAAGAAAAGCUAUCGAAAAUUGCAAACCCUGGACCUGAUGGAAGGUUAGAAAAUGCUCUGAUAUUUGUAAAAGACAAACUUUUUGCAACAGAAUUUGGUGCACGAUCUGGUGUUCCUAAAUCAGUUUUGGUAUUUAUCAACAGAGCACCAGAAAGCAAAAACGACUUUUCUGCUGCAUUAAAACGAAUAAAAAAAGAUGGCAUUAAGGUUAUUAUCAUUGCACAAGGAAUAAAGAUUGAUAAGGAAAAAAUCAAGGACUUAAUUCCAGAUGCGGAUGAUUGGUUCAUUAUUGAAAAUCCUAAAGAUGGCAAAAACAUUGUAAAAUCAGUCACAAAUUCCAUAUUACCAGACCCUUGUGACAAAGUUAACUGUGCUUAUUUUGCAAAAUGCGUUACUAUGAGUGAUAGAACGACAACAUGUAUGUGUAGUGUAUGCUCUAACGAAAAAGUUUACGCUCCAGUAUGUGGCGAUGAUGGCCGAACAUAUGCUACAAAAUGCAGACUACUGAAAGAAUCAUGCAGACAACAGAAAGUCAUUGGAAUAGCCAAAGAGACAUCUUGUGGAAUCACUAAAAAUAUGAAUGUGGCAUACGUAUUUGAUACCUCUGACAAAUUGACAACGAAACAAUUGGAUGCAUUGAAAGAUUUUGCAAAAGCAUCGUUAAUGUCAUACAACAUAUCUCCACGUGGUACAAGAGUUAGCGUGCUGAGCUUUUCACGUCAACCUGUCUCAUUAUUACAUUUUACUGGUGACCAAACCCUCAAAGCUGCUCAGAAAGCAGUAAAUAAUAUAGCACAAAUAAAUGGCAAUGCAGACUUCGAUGAACUAGCUAAAUAUGUUUCAUCAAGUACAUUCAAAAAUCUGCCAGAUUCAUCACAAAAAGUGAUGAUUCUUUUUACUCAAGGCAACAGCAUUGACAAAAAUCAAUUGAAAAACAUUAAGGAAAAAUUACCCAACAUCAAAACCACAGUUGUAUCUAUUGGUGAUAAUGAUGAUAUAUUUGAUUCUUUUGACAAUAAAAUAGUAAAAGAUAGUAAGCGUGAUAUACCAGAUGCGUUAGAUGAUUUGGAAAAGAGUGUUUCCAAAACAGAAUCUGCUCUUGACAUCGCUAUUGCAGUCAGUGGAACUGAUCCUUUACAAAACGAGCUAUAUGAAAAACAAAUUACUUUUAUUAAAAAUCUGGUAACCAAAUACAAAACCAAGCCUAUGUCGACCCUCUUCAGCGGUAUUGGAUAUGGUUAUUAUGCAGAAAUAAUAUUUCCAUUCUCGAAAAAUCAAACUGAGAAAACUGUUCAAAACCAAUUUAAUCAAAUUCGAAACUUUGGAACAGCAUAUAAUAUAAAAGGAGCUUUUGUAAGAGCACUGGAAGCAUUUAAUUCCUCGAACAAUCCUCGUGAAAAUGCUCAAAAGGUUGCAUUAAUCUUUGCAAUAUCACCAAACGAUAUGUCAAAUAUAGGGGAGGACAUCCAAAAGAUGAAAAAGAAUGGUAUUGAUUUGAUAAUAAUUGAUGUUGAUGGAGAUGGCAAGUCUUUCAAACCAUUUGUUGCUGACCCAAGCAAACUCAUUCUGUUAAAAAAUGCUGAUGACAAUAUUGAGAAGUUAACUGACGAUGUUAUAGCUGCUACUUUACCGAAUCCUUGUAAAGAUACCAUCUGUGACUUUUAUGGAAAAUGUAUAACUAUGGGUGAUCACUUAGCCGAAUGUGUAUGUCCAGUGUGCACAUCUACUGAGUAUUCUCCAGUAUGUGGUGAUAAUGGACAUACUUAUGCAAAUGAAUGUUACAUGAAGAAAGACGCUUGCAAAAAGAAGAAAAUAAUCAAGGUUCUUAAAGAGGAAGCUUGUGGUAUUGGAAAAACCGUUGAAGUUGCUUUCUUAGUGGAUAGUUCAAACUCAAUAAGUAAAAGUGGCUUUGGAAAUAUCAAGAACUUCAUUGUGGCAUCUCUGUCUUCCCUUAAUGUUUCACCAUUAAAAACACGUGUUUCCAUUGUUCAGUUUGGAAGCAAACCAAGCACUGUAAUCAAUUUUCUUGAUGGUAAAAAUAAUGAAGUCAUUAAACCGGCUUUAGAGAAUGCUCAUAAACUAAAUGGAAGAAGAGAUCUUAAAAAAGCUUUAGAAUAUGUCUAUUCAAAUGUUUUCAGCUCUGUUUCUGGUAGUAGGAAAAAAUCUCAGAAGGUACUAGUAAUUGUGACUGGGAAUGAAGUCAAUCCUGUGAAAUAUACUGACAUAACAGGGAGUGCAAUGAAAUUUAAAGAUCAAGAUAUAGAUAUAGUUGUUGUAGGAUUGAAUCUAGACAAAGCUGUUACCAAUGCACUUUUAGUACCUGAUGAUUCUGUUACCAUUUUAACAGAUUUUGCAAUACUUCCAGAAUAUUUAGGCGACAUUGAGAAGGAUAUUGGAAAAAUUGAUAAUGCACUUGAUGUUGUUAUUGCAAUCAGUGGAACAAAACCUUCACAGAAUGAGUUGUUUGAAAAUCAAAUUACAUUCAUUAAAAAUUUGAUAUCAAAAUACAGAAUCCAUCCUAAAUCCACUCUUCUUAGCGGUAUUGGAUAUGGGUCAUAUGCAGAAAUAUCAUUCCCAUUCUCAAGAACUCAAACUGAGAAAACUGUCCAAAACCAAUUUAAUCAAAUUCGAAAUUUCGGAACGGCAGAUAAUAUUAAAGGAGCUUUAGUAAAAGCACUAGAAGCAUUUAAUCCGUUAAACAAUCCUCGUGAAAAUGCUCAAAAAGUUGCAUUAAUAUUUGCAAUAUCACCAAAUGAUAUGUCAAAUAUAGAUGACAGCAUCAAAAAGAUGAAAAAGAAUGGUAUUGAUUUGAUUAUUAUUGAUGUUGAUGGAGAUGGCAAGUCAUUUAGACCAUUUGUUGAUGAUCCGAAGAAACUUAUUGUUCUUAAAAAAGCUGGUGACUAUAUGGACAAAUUGACCAAUGAUGUUAUAGCUGCUACUUUACCAGAUGCUUGUAAAAAGACCACCUGUGAGUUUUAUGGGAAAUGUUUAUCUGCGAAUGGUCAAUCGACAGAGUGUGUGUGUCCAAUAUGUACCGUUGAUGAACUUAAACCUGUUUGUGGAUCAGAUGGUACCACAUACUCCUCAGUUUGUAAACUAAAACAGAUGUCAUGUCGUCGGAAAAAGCAAAUUACUAUUGUCAAAACUUCUCCAUGUGGUGUGUCUGUUGUUUUGGAUGUUGUAUAUGGUAUUGACACUUCUAGAGAUAUAACAAAUAAUUUAUUGAGCAAGAUGAAGGCAUUUAUUAAAGAAUCAAUUAAAGUUUACAAAAUCUCUCCUAAAGAUACACGUGUUGGAUUAAUAAAUUAUGGAGAUACUGCUACAGUUACCCUGCCGUUACACCUUGGUGACAAAGAUCAAACUGUUCUGCAGUAUAUCAAUGCACUUUCUGGUGUAGGUGGUCCACGUGAUAUGGAAAGUGCUGUUAAAGUAUUUGAGUCGAAUGUGUUAACUUCAGAUCCUGGUGUGCGAAAGGAUGCAUCACAAGUAUUUGUGUUACUAACAGCAGGAGCCAAUAACCCCUCUAGAGCAUCCGAUCUUUUAAAAUCAGUUAAACGCUUAGAAGAACAAGGUGUAAGAGUUGUGUUUGUUAGCAUUAAUGAUGAAGAAAAUGAAGAUCUAAAAGACAUAUCUAAAAAUCCAGACAAAAUAAUCACUACCAGUCCUGAUGACCUCUUUGAUAAAAUUGGGGAGCUUGAAAGAAAAAUUGGAAGUUUAUCUGGAAAAGAAGAAAAACUUGAUCUUGCCAUCAUACUGGGAGCAUCAGGUUUGAAAUACAGGGAGCUUUUCAAUGAUCAAAAAGCAUUUGUUGGACAUCUUCUCAAUAGAUUUAAGAUUGGACCCUUGUCUGUGUUACCUGGAGUUGUCACGAAAAAGAAUAAUCCAGGAAUACCUAUCAAAAUAGGAGAUGCCUUAAACAUUAUCGACAUUAAACGAAAAAUGUCGGAGAUUUCUAAUCCUGGGACUAAUGGUAAUUUACACGACGCUUUGAAAAUGGUGAAAGAUGUCUUACUGGUGAAUAAGAAUGGUGCUCGAAAUGGUGUUCCAAAAUCAGUGUUGAUAUUUAUUGAUAAGGAUCCUAAGAUAGAUGGAAAUUUGAAUGCUUUAAUGCAACAGCUUAGAUCUGAACGAGUUAAAAUGAUUAUUAUUGGACAAGGUAAAGAUGUUGAUCCAGUAAAAGUAAAGGAUGCUACAUCAGAUGUAGAUGAGUGGUUCUUUUUGAAAGACCUAAAAGAUAACAACACUGAUGUGAAAGCAAUUGCUGACUCUUUGUUACCAGAUCCCUGCAAUGAAACAACAUGUGAUUAUUCAGGCACCUGUGUUGUUUUAAGUGACCGAGAAGCACAAUGCAUGUGUUCCGUAUGUUCUGAAGAUGAUAAAUAUAAACCUGUUUGUGGAAGUGAUAGUCGUACAUAUGCUACACUCUGUCAUUUAAACAAAGAAUCGUGUGAAAAGAACAAGGAAGUUAAACCUGUUAAAAACAAGCCGUGUGGUGUCAAUCAAGAUGUCAAUAUUGUCUUUGCCUUUGAUACAUCAGAUGGAAUAACAGCAGCAGAUUUAGAUAAAAUCAAAAGUUUUGCUAAAGCCUCAUUACUAUCAUAUGACAUCUCAAAGGAUGGUACUAAUGCUGGUAUAGUCACGUUUUCUAAUGAGACAGAUUCUGUCCAUUUAUUUAGUGAUGAUCAAACCAUACAUUCUCUUACAAUUGCCAUUAAAAGCAUCAACAAGAGGAACGGUAAAGCUGAUUUUAAAAAUGUAGUGAAAUAUCUAACUUCUAACAUGUUCAGAAAUAUACCAAGCACACAGAAUAAGGUGCUGGUACUCUUCACUAAAGGAACUAGCAUUAAUGGCAAACAAUUGGUAGAUCUAAAGAAUCAGUUACCUGGCGUUAAAACUGUUGUUGUUUCAAUUGAUGAUUCUAAGGAUAUAUUUAACAAUUUCGAUAUAAAGAUCAUCAAACAAAACGGAGGUAGUUUACCCGAUGCUUUGGAUGAACUGGAGAAAGCAGUAGAUAUUUUAACAGGAGUCCCAGCAAAAUUAGAUCUGGUUUUUGCUCUUGGCGCAACUGGUCUAAAUAAAAAUGAGAUCUUUGCAAUGGAGAAGAAUUUUGUUAAAAAACUUCUUGCUACUUAUACUGUGUCUAGAGAAGGAAUGCUACCUGGAGUGGUUACAUACGGAGCUAAAACUGUCAUUAGAAUUGGAGAAUUAACUAAUAAAGAAAAGGCUAUAAAGCAAAUUCAAGCAUUGGAAUUCACAGACUCUGGAGAUGAUCUAACUUCAGCCAUUACAAAAAUCCGCGAUGAUGUGUUACUGACUAAAAAUGGGGCUCGUAAAGGAGUUCCAAAAUCCUUUUUAAUAUUUGUCAACUCUGAAAACCAGUUUACUGAAGACUUUAUGAGAAUUGUUAAUGAGAUGGAGAGUGGAAUAAAAAUAAUCUAUGUUGGCAUUGGUCCAGUAUUGAAAGAAAGUUCACUAAAAUCUCGUAUAUCUGACCUUAGCAGUAUAAUUUACAUUAAAGAUCCAAAAGAACAUUUAGAACAAGAGAUCAUUAAAGCCAUGACAUCUGCAAAGAAAGACAAUUGUAAACAGAGUUCGUGUGACUAUCAUGCCACUUGUGUAACAAGAUCUGAUGGAAACAUUCAAUGUCUUUGCCCAGUAUGUACGUCCACUGACUAUUCUCCAGUAUGUGGUGAUAAUGGACGUACGUAUGCAAAUAAAUGUUACAUGAAGAAAGAUUCUUGUGAAAAGAAGAAAAACAUUGCAAUUGCAAAGAGUAGUCCAUGUGGUAUUCAAAAGGAUAUUGAUGUGGCUUUCCUAAUUGAUGGAUCAAAUUCGAUAUCUGACGUAAACUUUAAAAAAAUAAAGAAUUACGUGACUGCAGCUAUAUCAUCUUAUGACAUUCAGCCAUCUAAAACGCAUGUGGCAGUUUCUCAAUUUGGUGAAAACACAAGAACAAUAGUUGAUUUUGCGACUGGUCACAAAAAGGAAAUCAUUAAUUUAAGAUUAAAUGAUGCGUCUAAAGUAGGUGGGAAACGAAACCUAAAAAAAGCAUUAAAUUAUGUAGAACAAACAGUUUUUGGUACGGCGAUGGGUGCUAGACCAAAUGUCAAGAAGAAUCUGAUCAUUGUAACUCAAGGCGAUAUCGAUGCGUACUCAGAUAGUGGUGAGUUGGCAACCAUUGUUCAAACAGUCAAAGAUCAAAAUAUCGAAAUAGUUGUUGUAGGAGUCAACAUAGACAAAGAUGAAAUUGAAAAAAUAUCAGGUCCUGACAGCCAUGGUGCGCUUGUUAUUGAUAUUGACGAUCUUCCAGAAUCUCUAGGAAAUGUAGAAGAUGAUGUACGGGGAAAGGCUGGAAAUUUAGAUAUUGCUAUUGUCGUAGCUGGAGCUACAGAAGAUCUGUUCAAGAAAGAAAUCUCAUUUUCAAUAAAUUUAGUAAAAAAUUAUAAAAUACAUCCAGAACAUACUCUUUUCACUGCAGUACUUUAUGGCAGCUUACCUAAAAUCUCCUUCCCGUUUUCGGAUUCACAGAAUCAACAAACGGUUCAAUCAAAUAUUGAGCAGAUGCGCAAUCCUGGUAUAGGAAACAUAAAGAAAGCCUUAGAGACAGUCUUAAAGCAAGCAUUUUCAAAGGAAAAUGGAGCUCGUGAAAAUGUACCGAAAUCUUUAAUAUUAUUUGCUAGCAAGAAAGCUGAUACUUCAAAUGUUUCUGAAUACGUAAAACAGAUUAGGGAUGGUGGUGUAGAUCUGACUAUUGUUGCAAUUGAUGGAGAUGGUAAACCUUUUAGGACAUUUGUUGACGAUCCAAAUAAGCUGUUUGUGUUAAAAAGUGUCGAUGAUAUUGAUAAGUUGACUGAUAAGGUUACUGAUGCUACCUUGCCAGAUCCUUGUAAAGUUCAGCUUUGUGAGUUCUACAGCAAAUGCAUAUCGUUAAGUGAUCAAUCAACUGAAUGUGUUUGUCCUGUGUGUAAUGAUGAUGAAUUUAAACCUGUGUGUGCGUCUGAUGGUGCUACAUAUUCUUCUACUUGCAAGUUAGAAAGAUCAUCUUGCGAAAAGAAAAAGAAAAUAACAGUUGUCAAAAAUACUGCUUGUGGUAUCACUAAAGUACUUGACAUUGCUUAUGCCCUGGACACGUCUGACGAAGUUACAAAUCAAUUGUUAAAUAAAAUGAAAUCAUUUAUUGAGAAAUCACUGGAUAUUUACACAAUCUCUCCCAAUGGCACUCAUGUUGGAUUAUUGCAUUAUGGUGAUAACGCUGAAGUUAAAUUAUAUCUAAAUGAGGGAAAUGAAAAAUCAACUGUUAUUCGCGGAAUAAACUUUAUGUCAUUGAGAGGAGGUACCCGACGUAUGGAAAAAGCUCUAAAAGCUGCAACUGAAAUAUUUUUAACAAAAACUGGUUCACGACAGGAUUCAUCUAAGGUACUGGUAUUAUUAACCGCUGGCAUGAACGAUAUCUCAGGUAAGUCUCAAAUACCUGAAGCAGCUAAACAACUGAAAGCAGCAGGUGUGAAAGUUAUUGUAGUUGACAUUGGCAGUAAGGAUAAUCCAGAUGCUGAAAAUGUUGUUGAUAAUCUUGAUAAAGUAAUCAAAAGCGAUUCAGAUGAUUUAAUUGAUAAGAUUGGCACACUGGAAAAGGAAAUAGGAAAGUCCAUUGGUAAGCCAGAUAAACUUGAUCUUGGUAUCGUACUCGGUGCCUCUGGACCAAACUACCUUGAAUUAUUUAAAGAGCAGAAAGAUUUUGUGAAGGAAAUGCUGGACAGAUUAGAUGUUGGAGCAUCAGCUUUAUUACCAGGAAUUGUCCUUAAUGGAAAAGUACCUGCCGUGGCUGUUUCAGUAGGAGAUAUUUUAACCGUUGAAAAGGCAAAAAAAGAAGUUGAAAAUCUGAAAAAUCCAGGUGUAGGAAAUAAUUUAUACAAUGCUUUGUUGAUGGUAAAGAAUGAACUUUUUAACGCUGAGAAUGGUGCUCGUACUGGAGUUCCGAAAUCCAUGUUAUUGUUUAUUGACAAAGACAUAAAAUACGACAAAAAUGUAAUUGCAGCCUUAAGAAACUUUAAAACCAAUGGAGUGAGAUUGAUUGUUGUUACUCAAGGUGAGAACAUUGACAAGGACAAAAUUAAAAUUAUUACUCCAGACGUUGAUGACUGGUUCUUCAUUAAAGAUCAAGACGAUAGCAAAAAUAUGGUAAAGCAUGUUGGAGAUGCCAUAUUAUCUGAUUUGUGUGACGGUACUGCUUGUGGCUUUUCUGCAACUUGUGUAGUUACUGCUGAAAGGAAAACCCAAUGUGUUUGUGCAAUAUGCAACAAUGAAAAGCAAUAUGCACCUGUUUGUGGAAGUAAUGGUCGAACGUACGCUUCACUAUGUCAUUUACAUCAAGAUUCUUGUAAGGUAAAGAGAGAAAUAAAGUUAGUCAAAGACAAACCUUGCGGAACCAUAGCUGACGUAAACAUCGUUUAUGCCUUUGACACAUCUGACAGAGUAACAUCCAAGCAGUUAAGGCAAUUAAAAGAAUUCGCGAAAGCAUCAUUAAAAUCGUUUAAGGUAUCGUCUGAAGAUACCAAAGUCAGCGUGGUUAGCUUUUCUAUGCAGCCGAAAGACAAUCUCAAAUUCAGCGAGGAUCAGUCUAUCAAAUCAGUUAAUGCUGCAAUUGACAGUGUUGAAAAUGCUGAUGGAAAGGCAGAUUUUACAUCGCUUCAAAAUUAUAUUACCACUAAAACGUUGCAAGAUGUAACAGUUUCCUCAAAGAAAGUGUUGAUACUACUCACACAAGGUGAAAGUAUCGACUCAAGCCAACUAAAAGACCUCAAAAACCAGUUAUCUGGACUGAAACUGAUUGUUAUUUCCAUUGGAGAUCCUUUUGAUGUCUUUGGAGACUUUGAUAUAAAAAUAAUUCAAAAAGAUGGCAAUGAUUUACCAAAGUCUUUCGGCGAUCUGGAGAAAGCUAUUGAAAUGUUAACAGCAAAAGCCAGUAAAUUAGACCUUGUGUUUGUGGUUGGUGCCAAUGGACAGAAUGCAGAGAACAUAUUUAAGCAAGAACAACUCUUCAUUUCCAAGCUUCUAAACACGUACAAAAUAUCCGACCAAGAGUUGUUGCCUGGUGUUGUAACGUAUGGAGCUAAAACGAUUAUUAAACUUGGUGAAGUGUCAGAUAAAACAACUGCAUUAAAUCGAUUUGCAAACCUUCGAUAUAGUGAUUUAGGAAAGGGUUUAAAUGUGGCUUUGGAAAAGGUUCAGAGUGAAAUUCUUUUAACAACGCAUGGUGCUCGAAAAGGUGUUCCAAAGUCUGUUCUAAUUUUUAUCAAUGACAAAAAUGAGAUAAAUAGUGACAUAUUGGAUAAGCUUGAUAUGAUGACGAAAAACAAAGUUGAUGUCAGCUUUGUAGCUAUUGGUCCAAAUCUGUCACAGAACGAUUUAAGGACGGUCAUAUCAGAUCCAGUAAAAAUUGUAUUUGUUCCUAAUUCUGGUGAUUUAGAGAAAAAGUUAGUGGAUGUCAUUGAUGCUGUAAAGGAAGAUAAAUGUCGCCAAAUAUCAUGCCCGACAUAUGCCAAUUGUAUCUCAACAUCUGAUAGUAAAACAAAAUGUGUAUGUCCAGUGUGUACAUCUACCGAAUACUCUCCAGUAUGUGGUGAUAAUGGACAUACCUAUGCUAAUGAAUGUUACAUGAAGAAAGAUGCUUGUGAAAAGAAAAAAUCAAUCGGUGUUGCUAAGAACAAAGCAUGUGGUGUUAAAAAAGACAUGGAUCUCGUUUUCUUGAUUGAUUCAUCUAAAUCUAUAACUGGCGAAAGCUUUAAAAAGAUAAAAGCAUAUAUCCUUGCAGCAAUCUCCACGUUAGAUGUGCGACCAUCUAAGACACAUGUUGCUGUUGUUAAUUUUGGAAAUGAAACUGAGACAGUCGUUGACUUUAUAGCUGGAAAAGAUACAACGGUAAUUAAAAGGAAAGUUAAUGCUGCGCAGAAAAAGGGAAAUAUUCGAGAUAUUGAGAAAGCAAUCAAAUUUGUCAAUACAAAUAUUUUCAGUACAGCAUCUGGUAGUAGAAAUGAUGUCAAAAAGGUCUUUGUUAUCAUAACUGGAAAUGAAGUUAAUCCCUUUAAAGAUACAGAUUUUGUAGAUAGUGUUAAAAAAUUAAAAGAUCGAAACGUGAAAAUCGUUGUGGUUGGAGUCAACAUUGAUCAAGAUGUAAUAAAGGAACUGUCAAAGCCAGAUGACCUGGUUACAAAUUUACUAAACUUUAAUAAACUUCCCGAUUCUUUGGGUGAUGUGGAGAAAAAUAUCAGAGGAAAAGAUGCAACACUUGAUCUGGCGUUUAUUGUAAGUGGCACAGACGACGACAAAUUGUAUAAAAAGGAAAUCGAAUUCAUAAAAGGCAUGCUGAAGAAUUACAAACUUGAUCCGAAGCAGACGCUAAUAAGUAGCGUUGUGUAUGGAAAUAAUGCAAAAGUUGAAUUUAGUUUUUCAAUCGGUCAAAGUCGACAAAUAAUUAAGUCAUUCCUGGAAAAGAUGAAUAAUCCUAGAAAAGGGCGUAAUCUAAAAGCGGCUUUGGAUGAAGUAUUAACAUCAGUAUACACGACCACUAACGGUGCUCGAGAAAACGUCUCUAAAUCUCUUGUUUUGUUUGUUCAUAAAGACGCUGAUAUAUCAGAUGUUCGUGAUAAUAUUGAUAAAAUCAAAAAAGAAGAUAUUGAGUUAAUAAUUGUUGCUAUCAAUGGAGACGGAAAGCCAUUCACCACAUUCGUUGAUGAUCCUAAAAAUUUGAUUGUCCUAGAGAAUGUUGAUGGCCUAACGAAGUCAAUUGAUGAUGUUUCUAAAGCAACCUUACCAGACCCCUGUAAGAAACAAACGUGCAAGCAUAACAGCAAAUGUAUACCAUUAAGUGAUCAAUCCACUGAAUGUGUAUGUCCAGUUUGCGGAGGCGAUAAAUUUAAACCUGUUUGUGGAUCUGAUGGUGUAACGUAUGCUACAAAUUGUAAAUUAGUGAAAACUUCUUGUGAAAAAGAGAAAGAAAUAACAGUGGUCAAAAGUACUGUUUGUGGUAUCCAAGAAAUAUUGGACGUUGUUUAUGCUGUUGAUUCAUCAAGGGAUGUUAAUGACGAUACCUUGAGAAAAAUGAAAACCUUCAUUGAAAGAUCGCUUGAAUUGUACAAUAUUUCUUUCAAAGAUACACAUGUUGGAUUGUUGCAAUAUGGAAAUGGUGCGAAUGUUAUAUUAUCCUUGCAAAAUGGUAUUGAGAAGUCGUUGGUUGCUCAGAAUAUCAAACAAUUAUCAUUAAAGGGCGGUCCUCGUCUAAUGCAAAAGGCUAUUCGUACAGUAGACUCUCAAAUGUUUGUUCCAAGUGGUGGUGCAAGACAAGAUGCUUCUCAAGUUUUGAUUUUAUUGACAACUGGUGAAGAAGAUACUUCUGGUACAGCUGAUCUUCCUAAAGCAGCAAGGAAGUUACAAGGAAGAGGUAUUAAAGUUGUAGUUGUUACUAUUGGAGGUGAAGAUAACGCAGAUGCAAGUCAGAUAGUCAAAAAUCCUGAUAAAGUUAUUGAAAGUGAUCCAGAUAAAUUGCUUGAUAAAAUAGGUGAAUUGGAAAAAGAAAUAGGAAAAUAUCUUGGUAAAAAAGAAAAACUUGAUCUUGGCAUCAUACUUGGAUCAUCUGGUGCAGACUACUUGCAGAUAUUUAAAGAUCAAAAAUCAUUUGUGAAAAAUAUGUUUGCUAGACUGAAUAUUGGUUCAUCGAGUGUAUUACCAGGCGUAAUUGUCAAUGGCGAAAAUCCUAGGAUCUCUAUUUCUAUCGGUGAUGUAUUAACAGAAUCCGAUGCUAUUAGAGAACUUCUUAAGAUCACUAAUCCUGGCUCGCAAGAACUGUUAUACAAUGCUUUGUACAAGGCUAAAAAUGAUUUAUUUAAAAAUCAAAAAAGUGCGCGAACUGGUGUUCCGAAGUCUUUAUUAAUCUUCCUGAAUAAAGAACCAGAGAAAAGUAGUGAACUAUCCAAUGCUGUUAAGGAACUGAAAGAAGCAGGUGUUAAAAUUGUAGUUGUUAUGCAAGGUAAGGACACAAACAAGACAAAGGUUAAAAAUGCAACAGCUAACGCAAAAGAAUGGUUUUUCCCUGAUGAUUCUGAUGCAGCUGUGGAUGCUAUAAAAGACAUCAUUGCUGCGUUGUUGCCUGAUCAAUGUGAGGGAAAAACUUGCGAAAAAGGUGGAAAAUGUGUUGUGACAACCAAACUAAAAACACAGUGCUUAUGUUCAGAAUGUUCACCUGAAGAAGAAUACUCGCCUGUAUGUGGUGAUGAUGGAAGGACAUACGCAACAAAAUGUAGAAUGGCUCACCACUCUUGCAUACACAAACAAACUGUGAAAACAACGAAAGAAGGAGCAUGUGGUAUCUCCGAAAAUGUACAUUUGAUUUAUGCUUUUGAUAAUUCUGACAAAAUGACACCAAAGAAUUUACGAAAAUUAAAAGAUCUCGCAAAAGCAACCUUGGGAUCAUACAAAAUAUCCUCAAAUGGUACAAAGAUCGAUGUCUUAAGUUUUGAUGAGAGCACUAAACACAUCCUAAAAGUUUCUGACGAGCAAAGUAUCCAAUCUGCUCAAUUUGCAAUCGAAAAAAUCAUAAAAGGAAAUGGUCAUGCUGACUUUGAGGACGUGAUCUCCUACAUUAAAUCAAAUGUUAGAGGCAUACAAGGAGGUUCACAGAAUAUACUAACUGUAUUUACACAGGGUAAUAGCAUUAAACCAAACCAUAUGGAAAGAUUAAAGGCAACUUUACCUGACAUUAAAACAGUGGUUGUAACUAUUGGAGAUCCUAACGAUAUAUUUGGUGAUAAAUUUGAUGCCACAAUUGUUGAAGAAAAUGCAGACAAUAUACCAAAGAUCUUGGGUGAAUUAGAGAAAAACAUUAUAAAAUUAUUAGGAAAGAAAGCUAAACUGGAUGUUGUAUUUAUCCUUGGUGCAACAGGUCAAAAUGCUGAACAAACAUUUAAGACACAAAAGGAAUUUGUCACAAAACUCUUUGAUGAGUACAAAAUAUCAAGCAAAGAUAUGCUACCUGGGCUAGUUACCUAUAGCGCUAGAAGUGUUAUCAAUAUUGGCGACGUUUCAAACAAGAAUGAUGCUGUUGAUAUCUUUAGAAAACUUCGUUUUAUUGACUCAGGAACUAAUGCAGUUGUAGCCUUACAAAGAUCUGCUAGUGAUGUACUUACUACAGAAAAAGGAGCCCGCAAGAACGUACCUAAAUUCGUUUUGCUCUUUGUAGACAAUGAAGAUCAGAUUAAUGAUAAUUUACGUAAUCAUAUAAAAGAUUUUGAAGACAAGAACAUUAACGUUGUAAUAGUAGCAACUGGUCCAGAUAUUACAGCGGAGACAGCAACUAAGCUUUCAUCUGAUAAUGUUGACGUGAUUUAUGUAUCUCGCCCGACUAUGUUAACUGAUCAAGUUGCUGAAGUAGGAAAGCUAUUGUCUGAAGAUAAAUGUGAAGGAACUGUAUGCGAGUUUUAUUCAGUGUGUGUCCCCAAAUCAAAUGGAAAAACGCUAUGUGCAUGCCCAGUAUGUGCAUCUACAAACUAUUCUCCAGUAUGCGGUGAUAAUGGACAUACCUAUGCAAAUGAAUGUUACAUGAAGAAAGAUGCUUGUGAAAAGAAAAAGUUGAUUGCCCUUGCCAAAGAUGAAGCUUGUGGAAUAGCAAAGAAAAUGGAUAUCGCUUUCUUGAUGGAUUCUUCUAAUUCAGUCAGUGUCCAUGGUUUCAAAAAAAUAUCAACCUUCAUUCAAGCAAUAUUUUCGUCCUUAAAUAUUUCUCCAUCUGAAACACAUGUUGCAGUAAACAAUUUUGGAAAAGAUGUAAAAAGUGUGUUUGAUUUUAAGAGUGGAACAUCACCAGAAGAAGCGAAAGGAAAAUUGACUGGUCUAACUAAAUUGGGUGGUCAGAGACAUUUAGGAGAAGCAUUGAACUUCAUUGGUGAUAACGUUUUCAAUGUCGGCUCGGGGAGCAGAAAUCUUGCUGAAAAAGUGUUAGUUGUUGUCAUAGGAAAUGAAAUGGAUGAUUACAAAGACACUGAUUUUUUGCCUAGUUUGAAGAAAUUACAGGACAAAAACGUAAAAUUGGUUUUUGUAGUGGUAAAUACGAAUGAAGAUGUGAUUUCCAAGCUCUCUGGUGUAGACAGUACGAUAGCAGUUCCUGACGAUUUCAUCAAGCUACCGAAGUACCUUGGAGAUGUUGAAAAGAAAAUCCGUGAGAAAGGUGAAAUACUUGACCUUGCAUUCGUCAUUAGUGGUACUGGUUUACCAAAUAGCAAAUUAUUCCAAAAACAAAUCUUAUUUGCUGUUGACAUGACUCAAAAGUACAAUAUACGUCAAGAUUCAACUCGCGUAAGUAGUGUUAUAUAUGGCAAUGAUGCAGAUGUUUCCUUUACAUUCUCUCAGUCAUCAAACCAGGAAGAUGUACAAUCAGAAUUGAAAAGAACUCAAAAUGUGGACAAAGGCUUAAAUCCUGACAAAGCACUAGAUCUUUUAAAAAGGAAAGUAUUUACUACAAGUAAUGGAGCUCGAAACAAUGCACCAAAAUCUGUAGUAUUUUUUAUAAAUAAAGAUGCAGAUACAUCCAAUUUGGACAAAAAUAUAGAAAUUCUAAGAAAAGAUGGUGUUAAUUUGAUCAUUGUUGCUAUUGAUGGAGAUGGUAAACCUUUUAGAAGAUUUGUUGAUGACCCUAGCAAACUGUUUGUAUUUAAUAAUGCAUAUGACACGAAAAAGCUGAUUAGUCCCGUCGUAGAUGCUACUUUACCAGAUCCAUGCAAAGCGAGAUCAUGUAAAUUCUACAGUAAAUGCUUAGUACUAAGCCUACAAUCAAGUGACUGCACAUGUCCUAUAUGUAAAGAUGAUGCAUUUAAUCCAGUCUGUGGAUCUGAUGGAACAACUUAUAUAUCGUCAUGCAAACUAAUGAAAACAUCUUGUCAACAGAGAAGGGAGAUAUUAAUUGUAAAGAAAAGUGCCUGUGGCCUUCCUGGACCGUUAGAUGUUAUUUAUGCGAUUGAUACAUCACGUGAAGUAGAUGAUAGUAUCUUUAGAAAGAUGAAAUCUUUCGUUGAGAAAUCACUUGUAGUGUACACUGUUUCUGCUAAAGACACGCACGUUGGAUUGUUACAAUAUGGCAAUGGUGUAAAUGUUAAAUUGUCUUUGCUUGAUGGUAAUGAUAAGUCAACGAUUACUCAAAAGGUUAAACAAUUAUCAUUAACAGGUGGUCCUCGUCAAAUGCAAAAGGCUAUUCGUGCAGUAGACUCUCAAAUGUUUGUUCCAAGUGGUGGUGCUAGGCAAGAUGCUUCUCAAGUUUUAAUUUUAUUGACAACGGGUGAAGAAGAUACUUCUAGUAAAGCUGAACUUCCAAAAGCAGCAAAGAAAUUACAAGAAAGAGGUGUGAAGGUUAUUGUAGUUACUAUUGGAAGUGAAGAUAAUCCAGAUGCCAAUGAUAUUGUUAGUAAUCCUGAUAAAGUUAUCAAAACUGAUUCGAAUGAUUUAGUUGAUAAAAUUGGAGAAUUAGAGACGGAAAUAGGGAAAUCUAUAGGAAUGAGUGAUAAACUUGACCUUGGUAUUAUACUUGGGGCAGCAGGUGCGGAUUAUCAGAAUACGUUUAAAGAUCAGAAAGCAUUUGUUAUUGACAUGCUUUCCAGACUGAAGCUUGGCUCAUCUGGCAUACUUCCAGGAGUGGUUUUGAGUGCCCAACAACCUAUCUUGGCUAUCUCAAUAGGAAGUAUUACAAACACGGACAAAACGAAAGUUGAAGUUAACAGAAUUCGUAAUCCUGGACCAAAUGUUGAUUUAUUGAAAGCUCUCGAGAAAGUGAAGGACGAUCUGUUUAAUGUGAAGAAUGGAGCACGUGCAGGCAUUGAAAAAUCUGUUCUAGUAUUUUUGGACAAGAAUCCGCAAAUAAAUAGUGAUAUUGUUAAUGUAAUGAAGAACAUGAGGCGAGAUGGUGUAAAAUUCGUGAUUGUCACUCAAGGUGAAAAUGUGGAUACAGAUAAGGUUAAAGAUACUAUACCCAAUAUGAAUAAACUCUUUCCAACUAAGAAUUUAGAUGGAAUGAAGAAGAAAGUAAAUGAUAUCAUUGAUGCAUUGCUGAAAGAUCACUGCAGCAGCAAGAAGUGCAAAAACUACGGCAAAUGUGUGACGAUGAAUGACAGAACAACUCAGUGUAUGUGUCCAGUUUGUCCUUACACAGAAAUAUAUAAACCAGUGUGCGGUAGUAAUGGAAGAACAUACGCUACCCCGUGUCUACUACAACAAGCAUCAUGCAAUCAAAAGAAAGAUAUACAUGUAGCUAAAGACAAUGCGUGCGGUGUCAAAGACAAAUUCAACUUAUUUAUCGCUAUUGAUUCAUCCUCUGGUGUAACAAGCCAACAAAUGAAGCAACUUAAGGAGUUAGCCAAAGCAUCUGUACAGUCUUAUUACAUAUCAUCCAAUGACACAAAUGUGAAUGUUAUUUCAUUUGCAAAGAAAUCAAAGAAUAUAUGGUCGGUGAAGGAUACACAAACAAUAAAAGCAGUUCAAAGUGCCAUCUAUGAUAUUGGUAAAGAAACUACCAAGGCAGAUUUCGCUCAAGUUAUAAAGCAAAUACAGUCAAUCACAACAGAGAACGCUUUGGGUCAAGAAAAGAACAUUUUGUUGUUAUUUACUCAAGGGUCUAGCAUUGAUGGCAGUCAACUAGUGGAUAUUGGAAAAAAGCUACCAGGGUUUGAAACAAUUGUGGUGUCUAUUGGAGAUCCUUAUAGUAUAUUUAAUGGUUUUGAUAUAAAAAUAAUUAAAAACGAUGAAAAUGAACUUCCUAAAACAUUAGGAGACAUUGAAGAAGCUGUAUCAAAAGUAAUUGGCAAAUCACCCAAACUAGAUCUUAUUUUUGUUGUUGGUGCAAACGACAAAACUGUUUUCAAAAACGAAAUUGACUUUAUCGUUAAAUCGUUUGACAAUUACAAGAUAUCUGACGAUGACAUGUUACCUGGUGUAGUUACUUAUGGAGCCAAGAGUAUCGUUAAUAUUGGUGAUGUCAAUAACAAAAAGAGUGCAAUAGAGAGAUUUUUGAAAUUAAGAUUCCAGGACUCUGGCGCCGAUUUAGAAAUUGCUUUACGAAAAGUUCAGAACGAAAUGAUUAUUUACGCACGUGAAAAUGUUCAGAAAUCUGUAGUGAUAUUUGUGGACAACAAAGCUCAGAUAAAUGACGAAUUAACUAACAGAAUAAAAGCGCUGAAAGACAAGAAGUUUAACGUUUUACUGGUUGGUAUUGGCCCUGGUUUGAAAGAAAAUGAUAUAAGGGGAAUUGUUGAUGAUCCGGACAAUGUGAAAUACAUACCUCAACCAACUGAUUUAAAUGAGAAUGUAGAUUCUAUAACAAGUUCGUUAGUAAAAGACAAAUGUAAGAAAAAUCCAUGCACCAAGUCUGAAACCUGCAUUUCGAGGACGAAUGGAAACGUUGAAUGUGUAUGUCCAGUUUGUACCUCUACUCAAUAUUCUCCAGUAUGUGGUGAUGAUGGACAUACCUAUGCUAAUGAAUGUUACAUGAAGAAAGAUGCUUGUGAGAAAAAGAAGGAUAUAAAAAUGGCUAAAGAUCAACCUUGCGGUAUUAAACCAAAUAUGGAUGUUGUCUUCAUGUUAGAUGCUUCUAACUCUAUAACACAAUCAAGCUUCACCAACAUAAAAAAUUAUGUUACAGCAGCGUUAAGAUCAUUUGAAAUUUCACCGAAAAAGACACGUGUUUCUAUCGUAACAUUUGCAAAAGAAACCAAUGCAAUUGUUGAUUUGGAUACUGGUGUGUAUAGAGAGGUGUUAGCAAGAAAGCUUAGUGAUACAACUAAAGAAAACGGUCAGCGAAAUCUGGGGAAAGCUUUAGAGUUUGUAAAUCAAAAGAUAUUUAACAGUGCAACAGGUGGAAGAAAAGAUGCUGAUAAAGUCUUAGUUAUCAUAACAGGAAAUGAAGUUAACCUUUACAAGGAUACAAACUUUGUUCCUAGUGCAAGAAAACUGAAGGAUCAAAAUACAAAGAUUGUUGUGGUUGGUGUGAAUAUUGACAAUAAUGUGCAGACAGAGUUUGCAAAUCCAGAUAACCUUAUCACUACCCUAACUGGUUUUGAUAAACUUCCACGAAAAUUUGGUGAAGUCGAAAAGCACAUUAGAGGGAAAGGAAGAACUCUUGAUCUUAGUUUUGUUGUGAGUGGAACGGACAAAUCUAAUAAUGCGUUGUUUGAGAAACAAAAAGAUUUUAUUUUCAACAUGAUUAAGAAGUAUCAAAUACAUCCGAAAUCUACACUUGUCAGUGGAAUUGUGUACGGAACAGAUCCGCAAAUCAAUUUUCCGUUUUCAAACACACAAGACAUUCUCAUUGUUCAAUCUAAUUUCAAACGGAUGCAAAAUCCUGGAGAUGGAAUUAACCUAAAGAAAGCAUUACAGCUGGUUUUAAAAUCUGUGUUCACAGCAGAAAACAAUGCGCGUAAAAAUGCACCCAAAUCCUUAAUACUGUUUGUGAAUAAGAAUGCUGAUGUCACCAAUGUGAAUGACGAAAUAGAUAGAAUUAAAGCAAACGGUGUUGAUUUAAUAAUUGUUGCUAUUAAUGGCGAUGGUAAACCUUUCAGAGCAUUUGUUGAUCCAAAGAAGCUGUUUGUGUUUGAAAAUGUUGAUGAUGUUGACAAGCUGGUUGAUCCUGUUGUCACCGAAAGCUUGCCAGAUGCAUGCAAAGAACAACCCUGUGAAUUUUAUGGACAAUGUGUAUCAUUGAAAGACCAGUCUGUUGACUGUGUGUGUCCCACAUGUAAAGACGAUGAAUUUAAACCGGUUUGUGGAACUGAUGGUCACACAUACCCUUCCACUUGUAAACUGAAGAAAAAAGCUUGUGCUGAGAAGACGAAACUAAGAAUUGUGAAGGAUGCACCUUGUGGAGUGGUUGGUAAUGUAGACAUCGUGUAUGCUGUUGAUACAUCUGCUAGUGUGACUAAAGACGUUCUAGAUAAAAUAAAGUCAUUUGUUGAGAAAUCUCUUGAAGUGUAUACAAUCUCACCCGAAAAGAUUCAUGUUGGAUUAUUGCAGUAUGGAAAUGGCGCAACUGUUAAACUGUCUUUACGAUACGGUAAUCACAAAUCAACAAUCGUAAGAAAUCUUAAACAGUUAUCAUUAACUGGUGGUCGUCGUCAAAUGAAAAAAGCUAUUCGUACAGUAGACUCUCAAAUGUUUGCUCUAAGUGGUGGUGCAAGACAAGAUGCUUCUCAAGUUUUAGUUUUGUUAACAACGGGUGAAGAAGAUACUUCUGGUAAAGCUGAACUUCCAAAAGCAUCAAAGAAAUUACAAGAAAGAGGUGUGAAGGUUAUUGUAGUUACUAUUGGAAGUGAAGAUAAUCCAGAUGCUAAUAAUAUUGUUAGUAAUCCUGAUAAGGUGAUCAAAAGUGAUCCUGAUGAUUUAGUUGAUAAAAUUGGUCCACUGGAAAAAGAAAUCGUAGAAUCUAUAGGUCGUGCUCGGAAACUUGACCUUGGUAUCAUACUUGGGGCAUCUAGUUCUAAUUAUGUAGAGAUGUUUAAAGAUCAAAAGACAAUUGUAAAUGACAUACUAAGAAGAUUGAAUAUUGGUCCAUCAUCAGUUCUCCCGAGCGUUAUGGUUUAUGAUAGAAGUCCAAAAGUCGUGUUAUCAUUUGAAAACGCGUUAACAAGGGAGUCCGCUAUAACAUCGAUUCAAAAGAUUGUAAACCCUGGUUUAGACAGAAAUUUUGUGAAUAUGUUACGCAAGGCUCGGGAUGAACUCUUUAAAAGUCAAAAUGGUGCUCGCCCUGGUGUUCGAAAAACACUGCUUAUCUUCUUGGAUGAGGAGCUAGGAAAGAAAAGUGACUUAGUUGAUGCAUUAAAUAAACUUAAAGGUGGUGGCGUCCGAAUUGUGAUUAUAACUCAGGGAAAGGACAUUGAUAAAAACAAAGUCAAAAAUAACACACCUAAUACAGAUGCUUGGUUUUUCCCAGAUGAUUUAGAUGCUGCCAAGAAGGAUAUAAAGUCAAUUACUAGCGCUCUGUUCUCAGAUGCUUGUGAGAAACGAAAGUGUGACUAUGGAAGUAAAUGUGUGGCUAUCAGUCUCACAAACACUCAGUGUAUGUGUCCAGUUUGUUCAAAAUUGGAUGUUUAUUCUCCAGUAUGUGCAAGUAACGGAAAGACAUAUUCAUCAAAAUGCAAAAUGGUUGAAGAAGCAUGUAAAAAAGAAGUUAAUAUUAUCAGCGUUAAGAACAAACCCUGUGGAAUCACGGAAAAUUUAAAUUUGAUCUAUGCAUUUGAUAUUUCUGAUGGUGUGACAACAAAGAAACUUGCAGAAUUAAAACAAUUAGCAAGAGCAUCUUUGGAAUCUUACAACAUUGCAGCCAAUGCUACUAAAGUCAGUAUCGUAACAUUUGCAAACCAACCAGAAGAUAUUUGGUCGUUUAAGGAUGACCAAAAUGUAAAAGCUAUUCAAAGUGCUAUAUUUGAUAUCAACAAAAUUGCUGGUGAUGCAGAUUUCAAUAAGCUGGUUACUCACGUCAAAUCAAAUAUAUUGUAUGAUAUUUUUAACAAGGAAAAGAAUAUUUUACUACUUUACACACAAGGAUCCAGCAUUGACAGAAAUCAACUAGACAGAUUAAAGAAGAAGCUACCAAAUGUCGAGACUAUCGUAGUAUCUGUUGGAGAUGCUAAUGAUAUCUUUAAUGAAUUUGAUGUUAAAAUUAUUGCAGAUGACGAAGACAAAUUAUCAGACGCACUUGAUAAGUUGGAAAAAUCGAUUGGAAAAUUAGCAUCCAAGCCAAAAUUAGACAUGGUAUUCGUUGUUGGAGCAACAGGUCCAGAUGCACGUGAAAAGUACUAUGAACAACAAGAAUUCAUGCUUAAAUUAUUUGACACUUAUGUGAUCGGUCAGAAAGGCAUGCUACCUGGAUUGGUAACCUACGGAGCUAAUACUAAGCUUUAUAUUAAUGAAGUUAAGGACAAUGUCGAGGCUAAAUAUCUAUUUGGAAAUGUUCUAUUCGGGAAUGUUGGAACAGGUGUGGUCACCGCUUUGCAGGCUGUGAGGAAUGAAAUUUUGUUAGUGUCAUCUGGUGCACGAAAAGGCAUUGCAAAAACUAUUGUAAUAUUUCUUGAUAACAAAGAACAAAUAAAUGACAACACAAGAAAGAAUAUUCAGCUUCUUGAAGAAAACAACAAGGUUGUAAUUGUUGGUGUCGGUCCAAACUUAUCAGAAAGUGAUACGAAACAGCUUGCUAGUGAUUCAACAAGCGUGAUUUAUAUUCAAAAUAUUGAUGAAUUGGCGACUAAAGUUCCUGAAGUUACAAAAGCUUCCAUAAAAGAUCCUUGCAAGGAGAGAUCGUGUACUUAUCAUGCAACCUGCAUCUCAACAUCUGAUGGAAAAGCCGAAUGCAUUUGCUCAGUGUGUACAUCUACUGCAUAUUCUCCAGUAUGUGGUGAUAAUGGACAUACCUAUGCAAAUGAAUGUUACUUGAAGAAAGAUGCUUGUGAAAAGAAGAAAUCUAUACUCGUUACAAAAGUUAAAGCUUGUGGCAUUAAGAAUGACAUGGACGUUGUGUUUCUUCUUGAUUCCUCUAAAUCUAUCACCGGCGCCAGCUUCAAAGAGAUGAAGAACUUUGUGCAAGCUGCAAUAUCAUCACUUAAAAUAGCACCAACAAAAACGCAUGUUUCUGUAGCAAACUUCGGAAAUAAUGUAAACACUGCCGUUGAUUUCAAUUUAGGAAGACAGGAACCUACAGUACUCGAAAAGUUGCGUUUGACAGUAAAAGUUGGUGGUGAGAGGGAUUUAAGAAAGGCUCUAGACUAUGUUAACAACAAACUUUUCACCACUGUUUCUGGGAGCAGAAAAGAAGCUGAAAAAACGUUGGUAGUUAUUACAGGCAAUGAAAUCAAUCCAACUAAAGACGCUAAUUUUAUCAUGAGUGCAAGGAAAUUAAAAAGCCGAAACAUCAAUAUUAUCGUUGUGGGCAUGAACAUAGAGAAGGAUGUUGUUACCGAGCUCUCGAUCCCUGAAGACUUAGUAACUGUUAUAAAAUCAUUUAAAGAACUUCCAGAGGUGUUAGGGCAAGUAGAAAAAGAUAUGAGAGGAAAAGGCGUUAAACUCGACUUAGCUUUCGCUGUAAGUGGAACUGAUAGAAGCAACAAUGAACUGUUUAAGAAGCAAGUUACAUUUAUAUCGCAAAUGCUAAAGAGUUACAGAAUACAUCGCGAGCAAACACUGGUCACUGGUAUCCUCUAUGGUCCUACCACCAAAAUAUCCUUCCCAUUCUCAACAUCACAAGACGUGCAAAUUUUAAAAUCUUACUUUGAGCAAAUGAAAAAUCCAGGCGCAGCAACAGGUAUGCAACAAACAUUGAAGAUUAUUGCGAAUGAUGUUUACAGCAGUGAUAAUGGUGCUAGACAAAAUGUUCCGAAGACUUUGGUGCUGUUUGUUAGUGGCAAUGUAAAUAUGGCAAACGUUAAGGAAAAUGUUGAUAAAAUAAAGAAGAACAGUGUCAAUCUUAUUAUUGUUGCCAUUGAUGGAGAUGGUAAAUCUUUCAGAGCUUUUGUUGAUGACCCAAGCAAACUGUUUGUUUUUGAAAAUAUUGAUGAUGUUGAUAAAUUGAUUGAUCCUGUUGUCGCUAAAACUUUACCAGAUCCAUGCAAAGAAGGUCCGUGUAACUCUUACAGCAAAUGUGUAUCGUUAAGUGACCAGUCAACCCAAUGUGUAUGUCCAGUGUGCAACGAUGGUGACUUUAAACCAGUUUGUGGUUCUGAUGGAUCUACAUAUCCUACCACUUGCAAACUGAUGAAAACAUCUUGUGAAAAUAAAAAGAACCUAGCUGUUGUAAAGGAAUCUGCAUGUGGUAUUUCGAAAGUGCUAGAUGUUGUGUAUGCAGUUGAUACAUCAAGUGGAGUUUCUAAAAAUAUGCUUAGGAAAAUAAAAUCAUUCAUUAAAAAUUCGCUCGAGAUGUACACGAUUUCUUCAAAGGAUACACAUGCUGGAUUGUUGCAAUAUGGAAAUGGUGCAAACAUUAAAUUGUCUUUGCUGGAUGGUACCGAAAAGCAAGCCAUUAUUGAAAACAUUAAUCAGUUAUCAUUAACUGGUGGUCGUCGUCAAAUGCAAAAGGCUAUUCGUACAGUAGACUCUCAAAUGUUUGUUCAGAGUGGUGGUGCAAGACAAGAUGCUUCUCAAGUUUUGAUUUUAUUGACAACAGGUGAGGAAGAUACUUCUGGUAAAGCUGAUCUUCCAAAAGCAGCAAAGAAAUUACAAGAAAGAGGUGUAAAGGUUAUUGUAGUUACUAUUGGAAGUGAAGAUAAUCCAGAUGCUAAUGAUAUUGUUAGUAAUCCUGACAGAGUUGUCAAGGGUAAUCCUGAUGACCUAGUUAAUAAAAUUGGUGAAUUGGAGAAGAAGAUAGCAAUGUCUGUCGACGGAAAAGAUAAACUGGAUCUUGGAAUAAUCUUCGGUUCUUCUGGUCCAAAUUAUGAAAAGACGUUUGACGAUCAAAAGACAUUUGUGAUAAACAUGUUAAAACGUUUGCAGAUUGGAAGUUCCUAUGUCCUUCCUGGCUUCAUUGUGCACGGAACUAGACCGAACAUUGUUCGAAAUCUGGGUAGAGUUUUGACCGCAAGUAACGCUAUGAGUGUAGUUGACAAUCUAAACGGUGCGACAGAAAGAGGAAACUUAAGAGAUGCCUUGGAGAUUACCAGAGAUGAGUUAUUCAAAGAACAAAAUGGUGCCCGUUUGGGUGUUCCCAAGUCUGUGUUGUUGUUUGUUGACAAGGAUUUGAAACCUGAUGCAGAUUUAAAUAAAGUUGUAAAACAGCUUCGAGAUGAUGGUGUCCGACUGAUAGUUGUAACUCAAGGAAAAGAUAUUGACGAAAACAAAAUCAAGAAGGCUACGCCCGGAACAAAUAAAUGGUUUUUCCCGGACGACUUAGAUGAGAUGGAGGAGAAAACCACAUCAAUAAUAGCUGCUCUAUUUUCAGGUCCUUGCGAAAAAAAGAAAUGCAGUAACAAUGCACGUUGUAUUGUACACAGUGAUAAAACAGCUCAAUGUGUUUGUACUUUGUGUCAAGAAGAUGAAAAGUAUGCUCCUGUCUGUGGAAGUAAUGGAAGAACUUAUGCUACAAAAUGUAGAAUGGACUUAGACUCUUGCAUGAAGAUGAAAGAAAUAACACCUGCGAAAGAAGGACCAUGUGGAAUCAAGGAGAAAACUAGUCUUAUCUAUGUGUUCGAUGCCUCUAACAAAGUAUCGUCAAAACAAUUACUACAGUUGAAAGAUUUGGCUAAAGCGUCCCUGCAGUCCUAUGACAUAUCUCCUAGCAAAACGAGAGUUAGCGUGAUUUCAUUUGCUCAAAAUACUAAAGAUAUUUGGCAGUUUAAAGAUGAGCAGUCGCUGAAAAUAAUUAAAGGCGCAAUCAGCGAUAUUGGAAAGAGCAAUGGCAAUCCGGAUUUUGACAAAGUAAUCAAAUACAUCCAAUCAAAUGUUUUAAGAAAUGUACCAGAAAAAGAAAACAGCAUCUUGAUACUUUUCACAAAAGGAAGCAGUAUUGAUGGAAAGCAAGUGGCCGAUAUUAAAAAGAAAUUACCCAGUGUGAAAACCAUUGUUGUAUCAAUUGGAAAGCUUGGUGAACCAUUCAGCAAUUUUGAUAUCAGAAUCAUCAAGACCGAUCAGGAGAAAUUACCUGACAAGCUAGAUGCGAUUGAAGAUGGCGUUGGAAAAUUGAUAGGCAAGAGGAAAUUAGAUCUUGUAUUUGUACUUGGUGCAAUUGGAAAAACAGCAGAAGUUAUAUUCAGAAAAGAAAAAGAAUUUGUUGCUAAGCUUCUAGACAGUUAUGCAAUAUCGAAAGACGGAAUGUUACCAGCAUUAGUUACAUACGAUGCAAAAACAGUAACAUAUAUUGGAAAUAUGAAAACGAAGAAAGAUGCUCAAGAAGAAUUUGCGAAACUAAAGUAUCAAUCUUCACAAAACAUCGUCAAAGCCUUGGAUACAGUGAAAAAAGAAGUAUUGUCAACAUCAAACGGUGCUCGCAAAGAUGCUUCUAAGUCUGUUCUAGUUUUUAUAAAUAACAAAGAACAGCUUAGUGAUGAUGUAAUUAACCAGAUUAAAACACUAGAGAAUCAAGACGUGAAAGUUAUUCUUGUUGCUGUUGGUCCAAACAUUUCCGCAAAUGAUGCUAAAACAGCUGUCACAAAUCCUGAUCAUGUUAUUUAUGUUAAGAACCCUGAUCUCUUAGUCACUAAAGUUCUUGAUACAGUUGAUGCCGCUGAAGAAGAUAAAUGCAAGACAACUGCUUGUGAUUAUUAUUCCACAUGUGUCCAAACAUCGAGUGGAAAAACCGAGUGUGUAUGUCCGGUGUGCACGUCUACUGAAUAUUCUCCAGUGUGUGGUGACAAUGGACAUACCUAUGCAAAUGAAUGUUAUAUGAAGAAAGAUGCUUGCAAAAAGAAAAUAGAAAUUAUUGCUGCUAAAGACAAAGCUUGUGGUGUAAAAGAGAACUUGGAUGUCGCCUUCAUUGUUGACUCCUCAAAAUCAAUUACUAAAGAGAGUUAUGACGAGAUUAAGAAGUUUGUAAUUGCAGCCAUUUCCACAUUAAAUGUUCAGCCAUCCAAAACACACAUCUCCGUUGGAAACUUUGGAAACAAUGCUGAAAAAAUUGUUGAUUUCUCAAGUGGCACUAAUAAGGAUAUAGUAAACAGUGAAAUCAAAAAUGCCAUAAAACUUGGUGGUCAGAGAGAUUUAAAAAAAGCUUUAGAUUACGUUGAUCAGACUCUAUUCAGUUCCACAUCUGGUAGCAGAGAAGACGCGAAGAAAGUAUUAGUUAUCGUAACGGGAAAUGAAAUCAACCCCACUAAAGAUGUUGGUUUUGUCACAAGCGUCAGACAGCUAAAAAGACGAGACAUUAAAAUAAUCGUCGUCGGUGUAAAAGUUGAUGAUGACGUUGUUACCGAGCUUUCAGUUCCAGAUGAUUACAUUACUUUGAUAGAAAACUUCAAAGAAUUACCUGUAACAUUAGGAAAAGUAGAAAAACACUUAAGAGGAAAAGGUGUCAAACUUGACUUAGCUGUAGCUGUCAGUGGCACAGCGAAUGUAGAGUUGUUUAAAAAGCAAAUUUCGUUUAUUACCAACCUGAUAAAAAAUUACAAAAUCGAUGCUCAAAACACUCUGGUGAGUGGGCUUACUUAUAGCGACGAUGCUCGAAUAUCAUUUAAGUUCGAUCAAUCGCAGACGCAACAACUUGUGAAGCUGUACUUUGAUAAGAUGAACAACAAUGGAGUUGGCAAGAAUCCUAAGAAAGCAAUAAAUGUGAUUUUGGAGAGCGUGUUUUCAAUUUCGAAUGGAGCUCGUGUUGGUAUACCGAAAUCUUUGAUACUCUUUAUCGGUGAACAAGCUGACAUAUCAACUCUGAAAGAGGAUAUAGACAAAAUUAAAGCUCGUGGUGUCAAUCUUAUUAUUGUUGCUAUUGAUGGAGAUGGAAAACCGUUCAGAACAUUUGUUGAUGACCCAAACAAACUGUUUGUUUUUGAAAAUACUGACAAUGUUUACAAGUUGGUUGAUCCUGUUGUCGCCAAAACAUUACCAGAUGCCUGCGAUAGUAAAUCAUGCGAGUUCUACAGCAAAUGUGUAUCGUUAAGUGACCAAUCAACUGAAUGUGUUUGUCCUGUGUGUAAUGAUGAUGAAUUUAAACCUGUUUGUGGAUCUGAUGGUCAAACAUAUUCAUCAGCUUGUAAAGUGAAACGAAAAUCUUGUCAAGAAAAGAAAGAAUCAAGUAUCGCAAAGUCUGCAGCAUGUGGAAUACCUGGAAAGAUAGACGCUGUGUAUGCAGUUGAUACAUCCAGUGAAGUUUCAGAAGACGUUUUAGAUAAAAUGAAAUCAUUCAUUAAAAAUUCUCUCGAGAUGUACACAAUCUCUCCGAAGGGCACGCACGUUGGAUUGUUGCAGUAUGGAAAUGGUGCAAGCGUUAAAUUGUCCUUGUUGGAUGGCAAUAACAAGCCAGGAAUUGCCGAAAACAUUAAGCUUUUAUCAUUAAAUGGUGGUCGUCGUCAAAUGCAAAAGGCUAUUCGCACAGUAGACUCUCAAAUGUUUGUUCCAAGUGGUGGUGCAAGACAAGAUGCUUCUCAAGUUUUGAUUUUAAUCACAACUGGUCAAAAUUAUCCUGCUGGUAAAGCUGAUCUUCCAAAAGCAGCAAAGAAGUUACAAGAAAGAGGAGUGAAAGUUAUUGUAGUUACUAUUGGAAGUGAAGAUAAUCCAGAUGCUAAUGAUAUUGUUAGUAAUCCUGAUAAAGUGAUCAAAAGCAAACCUGGUAAUCUGGCUGAUAACAUUGGUGAACUCGAGCGGGAGAUUGGAAAAUCAAUUGGUGAAAAAGAAGAACUCGAUCUUGGUAUCAUAUUUGGAGCUUCAGGACCAAAUUAUGUGCAAUUAUUUAAGGAUCAACAACUCUUUGUUAGCGAUAUAUUCAAAAGGCUGGAAAUAGGUACUAACGCUAUUUUGCCUGGCUUUGUCGUUAAGACCAGCAACCCUAGAAUGCUGUCACAAAUAGGUAGUCUGGUAACUAGAAGUGGUUCUGUUAAAGAAGUGAAUCGUAUUAGAAACCCCGGUGCCAGUAACAACAUGAAUGACGCUCUACUUGAGGUUAAGGAUACUUUAUUCAAGAAAGAAAACGGUGCUCGAACAGAUGUACCCAAAUCUGUUCUACUUUUCAUCAAUGGACAAUCGAAACCUUUGUUACUUGAUACUUUGAAGCAACUUAAAGAUUUGAAUGUUCGAAUUACUGUUGUCACGCAAGGAAAAGGAAUUGAUAAAGAUAAAACAAAGAAUGUGAUGCCAAAUGUGGAUGCUUGGUUCUUCCCUGAAGAUUUGGAAGAUAUGAGAAGAAAAAUUAAACCAAUCACUAAUUCAUUAUUCUCAGAUCCAUGUGAGAAAGUAACAUGUCCCUAUAAUGGUAAAUGUGUGACGCGGCCUGACAGAUCCACGCAGUGUACAUGUCCAGUCUGUCCUCUUGAUGAAACAUACAAACCUGUAUGCGGAAAUGAUGGACGAUCAUAUGCAACGAAAUGUAGAAUGAUUCAAGAAUCGUGUGAAAUUAGAAAGGAGAUCAAACUUGCUAAAGAAGGAACUUGUGGAACAAUCGACAAGCUUGACAUCGUAUUUGCAUUUGAUACAUCAGACAACGUUUCGUCUCAAGAUAUUGAGAGAAUGGCCAGAUUUGCAAAAGCCACACUUCAGUUUUAUAACUUAGAACAACAAAAGACGAGAAUAGGCAUUGUAAGUUAUGGAAAGCAGACUGAGUAUGUCUUAAAACUGAAAGAUACAAAGGGAUCAGAUAUUAAAUCUGCCUUUGACUACGUUCCAAAUAUUAAUGGCAACUCUAAUACAGAAGAAAUGUUGCAAUUUGUUGAUCGUAAUAUAUUCCUCAGCAGUAGCGCAAGCAAUAAGAGACUCGUAGUUAUAUUCACGAAAGAAAUUAUUAGGGGUGACAAACUGACAGAUAUGACAUCUCAACUGACGCCUCUUAAAUCUAAAGGCGUGAAGUUUGCAAUUGUUUCUAUUGGAAAUAAUUUACCUGAUGAGUUAAAGACGCUGAUUGACAAUCAAGUAACAUUCGUUGAUGAUAUCAAAGAACUUCCCAAAGUUUAUCCAGAUGUUGAACAAUUUUCUGGUGAUGCUGUUGCUGAUUCUGAACCACUCGAUCUUGUAUUUUUGCUCGGUUCCAACGGAAACGAUGCCGAUAAACUCUUCACCAAACAAAUCGAAUCAGCGAAAGCUCUUCUACCAAGUUAUAUCAUCUCGGAAGAUAAAACACGCGUUGGAAUUGUAACAUACGGUCAAGAUCCUAUCCUCGACCUUCGAUUAAAGUCUGGUCUAAAAAAACAAGUUGUUGUGCAAGAAUUUUCACGGCUGAGAAAUCCCAAUGAUGGUAACAAUCUAAACAAAGCACUGAAGUUCUUAAAGGAUUCUGCUUUUAAUGUUGCAAAUGGUGCAAGAGCUGGCGUGACUAAGCGCGCCAUAAUCUUUUUGGAUAAACCUUUCUCUGGAAAUCCAGCUGAUUUAGGUGUUCAGGCUAAAAAAAUUAAAGAUGCUGGUAUUAAAAUCAUUGUUAUUGGAGUGGGUGAUAAUUUCGAUGAUAAAUCUAUUAAAGAUGCAUUUGGUGAUAUUUAUUUCUUUCCGGAAGAUCUUGGUUAUAUUGAUCGUAUCAUCAAACCUAUUGUUCAAAGUACGAAGAAAGAUUCAUGUGAGGAUGUCAAAUGCAAUUAUUACUCCAGCUGCAUAUCGCGAACUGUUGGCAAGGGCAUAUGCACAUGUCCCAUAUGUGAUGAUAAGAAGCAAUAUAAACCAGUCUGUGCUGAUAAUGGUUUCAGUUAUGCUAACUUAUGUAGAAUGAAAAAACAUUCAUGCGAACUGCAAAAGGUCUUGAAACCUGUCAAGAACAAGGCUUGUGGAGUUGAAGGUGUAUUUGAUAUCGCGUUUGCAUUUGAUACCUCCAAUGACAUUACUGGCCCGUAUUUCCAAGAAAUGAAAUCAUACGCAACUGGAAUGUUCAACAGCUACCCAAUCAAAUUAAACCAAGUACACGUAUCAUUGCUAAGCUUCGGCGAUAACGUUUUAAAUCAACUCAACUUCAGAAACGGAGACGAUAUUGUCAAAGUAAAGUCAGCAUUGCAAACACUGCCACGUUUUAAUGGGAAUAGAAAAUUAGAUACCUUCUUAACAUAUGUUGAUUCUGUUGCAUUUACUAACGCGGGAGGACAUCGAGCGAAUGCUGGAAAAGUGCUGGUUCUUUUUACAACUGGAAAACCAUUUGGUAAAGUAAAUGAUAUUACUUCACUCGCCAACGCAAUGCACACUAAAGGUGUAAAGGUCAUUGUUGUUGCGUUGAAUCUUGCAGAUACUGAUAGAAAGACAUUUGAAUUGAUAAGUGGAAAUAGCAAGAACCUAGUACCGUUUGGUAAAACAUCUGACCUUCCAAAUACAUUUGGUACUGUUGAAAAGGCAGUAUCUGACGCAAUAGCGCCACCAGUUCUUCUUGAUCUUGGUAUCAUUUUCUCCAUGACUGGUUCCAACCCUGCAGAAAUCUACAAUGCAGAAAAACAAUUCGUAAUGAAGUUAUUGAACAGUUUCACCAUAUCCCCUCAAAACACACUGCCUGGUAUUAUACAAUACGGAAGAGUGUCCAAACUUCAAUACAGAAUUGGUGAUCUUACAAGCUUGCAACAAACUAAAUCCGCCAUCGAAAACUUGAGUCUUGGAACUCCUGGAAACAACAUGCUCAUGGCAUUAACUGAAGCCAGACGCGAUCUGUUUAGUAAACAAUAUGGUGCUAGGAAUGGCGUUCCGAAGUCUUUGUUGAUAUUCAGUACUGAGAAAACUGAUACACUCGCGGAUGAUUACAAUAGGGAGCUGGACAGAUUGAAAGAACAAGGAGUUAAAAUCACGGUCAUUGGAAUUGGAUCACUCGUUGAUAAGAAAGAAUUAAAAGGAAUUAGUACUACUGAUGAUUCGUUUUUCUUUGUAGACGAUUUACCAGGAAAGGAAAAGCCAUUCUUUGACCUUGUAGCAAAAGAACUUCAACCAGAUGCAUGUGUUAAAACGAAUUGCUUAUUCCAUUCGAAAUGCUUUAACACUGGUGGAAUGACAACGAAAUGUGUAUGUCCCUUAUGUGCUGACGAAACAGCAUAUUCACCAAUAUGUGGAGAUAAUGGUAAAACAUAUGCGAAUACGUGCUGGAUGAAUCGAGACUCCUGUUUUCAGCAAGGACAUAUAAAGAUUGCUAAGCCUACUGCAUGUGGAGUCGAUGGGAGGGUCGAUAUCCUUUUUGCUAUUGAUGGAUCAACCGGUGUUUCCGCAGAUACAUUCAACAAGUUGAAAGCAUUCGCUGAAGCGUCUGGGCGAAGCUAUACUUUAAGUGAAAGCAAAGCAAGAAUUGGACUUAUUGUUUUUAGCAAUAACGUGAAGCGGUAUCUAGAAUUUCAAAAUGGUAUCAGUUAUGAGAAUUUCCAAAAUGCAUUGCAAAACGCACAGCCGAUUGGUGGCCCCCGAAAUAUCAAUGCUGUAUUGCAAUACAUAAAUGCUAAUAUAUUCACAACGAUACGUUCAACUACUUCUGGUCAACCGUUCCUUGUGUUGUUCACAACUGGUGACAAUCAAUCCAAUGAUGUAGAUUCAAGAUACCCUGCAGCGAAGGCUUUAAAAGCAAAACAAGUACGAAUCAUAACCGUUGUUAUUGGCGAGGAGUCUUUCUUAGACGAUGCAAAGAAAAUCAGCUCCAGUGCUCAGGAUGUUAUCUUUGUGGAUGAUGGGAUUACUAUGGUACCAGGAGUAUUAGGAGACCUCGAAAAACAUAUAGGAACCAGUCAAGCUACUCCCGAGAAACUCGAUCUUGGUUUUAUUAUUGGUGCUUCUGGUCGAAAGGCAAGCACAAACUACAUGCAGCAAAUUGAUUUCAUUACUGAAAUGCUAAAAUCAUACACCAUCUCAACAAAAUCCACUUUAGUUGGAGCAAUAUUAAAUGGAAAUAACCCCAGCUUACCUAUCAAAUUUGGAGACGCCGUAACAUACAAUUACUUUAUUGGGCUGUUGAAAGGUCUGAACAAUCCUGCUAAUGGCAAUAACCUAGACAGUUCUUUCCAAAUUGCUAGAACAUCGAUGUUUUCAGAAGACAACGGUGCAAGAAAGGACGUACCAAAAACUUUGCUUGUGUUUGUGGAUAACAAAAUUACUGGAGAUGUUGUAGAUUUGGGGCAGGAAGCUAGAGCUUUGCAAGAACAAGGAGUGAAAAUAGUGUUGAUUGGAACUGGUGAAGAUGUUAAUCCAACUGAUUAUGAAGAUAUUGUGGAUGUUUAUUUCUUCCCGGAAGAUUUACCAUCAAUGAAUCGAAUCAUAUAUCCAGUCAUUCAGGCUGUCCUACCCGAUUUGUGCCUCACGACGCAAUGUAAACCAUACAGUAUAUGCAUCAAUUUGCCAGACCGAAGAACAGAAUGUAUUUGCAAAACAUGCGAUAAUAAUUACGACCUGCUUUGUGCUGACGAUUUGAAGACCUACCCGUCGAAGUGUCGAUUGGAAAGUAACAUCUGUUUGCAUGGGACACCAUCUAAGAUUGUUGACAAAAAAGCUUGUGAUGUUUCUGGUGCAAUGGACGUUGUCUUCUUAUUCGAUGGUUCCAGAUCAGUUACCUCGAGAAUGCUAGAUCAAAUGCAGCAUUACGCUACAGCCGCUAUAAAGGGAUAUAAUCUUUCCCCUUCAACAACUCGAGUUGGUCUUGCAAUAUAUGGAGGUGAUUUUAAAAUUGCGCAGUCACUGACACCGUAUCAAAACAACCUACUUUCAGCAAUGAACAAUGUUAACCCAGUUGGUGGUAUACGACGGAUGGGAAUGGCAUUAGAUGCGGUACAAAAGCAAAUGUUUGAUUCCUCAAACAGCAGAGAUGAUAAGGCAGGAAAGGUGGUCGUUCUUUUUACCACUGGCCCCAAUAAUAUAGCUGGCUCACAAAUGCUCCAACAAGCUGCCGAAUCAAUGACAUCAAAUGGUGUUGAAAUUGCUGUUGUUGCUAUUGGGAAUGACGUUGAUUUGCCACAACUGCAAAGUAUUGUCACGCAACCGUCCAAUUUAUUCCAUGCCAUUUCUUGGUAUUACCUACCCGAUUUCAUUCAUAAUAUUUUAGUUCUUGCCGUAUCUAAGCAAGAACGUGCUGGUCUUUGCAAUCCAUCACUUUAUUACAACUUUGCUAACGCGUCCAAUGGCUUUGUACCGGAUGAAUCUGGUUCAGAGAAUCAUGGCAGUUUGCAAGAUGCAGUACGAGUAAUUGAGAAUUUCCAAUGUGGAAGAGGUGCUGAAUUCACAAAUGGACAUAUAAAAAUUGAUGGAAAGAACUUUAAAGGAAAGCCAACGCAAGGACUUACAAUCGCAACUUGGGUGUGGUUAGAAGAUAUCAAUGAGCCUACUCAUCAACUAUUUGUCACCAUUGAUCCAGGUUGGACAAAUCCACGAUACAAGUCUGUUUAUGAUUUCGCCAUAGCUGACGGCGGCGCCAUACAAUUUUCGCAUAGAAAUGUAUUCGGAAGACGAACAACCCCCGUCAUUAAACCACAAGUUUGGACACACAUUGCAGCGACGUACGACCUGCAAAGUGAUGUAGUUCACUUGUAUACAAAUGGAAAAGAAGUGACGUCAUUUACGCGCGUAGAUAGAAGACGGUCUGAAAUUUUAAGUCAAGACUGGAGUGAAGCUACCACUACUGGGAAAUUUCUUUACACAACCAACCGUGUGCGGUAUUUACGUGGUCGAUUGGACGAGUACUAUCUUUACCCUUGCGCGCUAGCUCCUCAGCAAGUAAGCAGCCUGAUGGAUAAGACCUGUCAAGAAAAACCUACUGCUUGUGCUUCUGUCAAGUGCGAGUUUUAUGCUGAUUGUCAAGUAAAAGGUCGAGGUACUCCCAAGUGCGUGUGCCCAUCAGCUUGCGAAAAAGUACCCAAGCAAAGUAUUUGUGGAAACGAUGGUCAAACGUACCGAAAUGAAUGUUUCAUGAGAAAAAUAUCGUGUGAAAAUAAACGGUUAAUUACCAAGUCGUACGACGGAGAAUGCGAAUAUAACUUAUUCUUUGGUGGAAAAUCCUAUCAAGCCAUCCAAAAUCCCGAUUUCCGGUUGCAAACGCGAUUAGAAUUUACUAUCCGUCCCGAGAAUGACAACGGCAUCCUGUUUUACAGUGCGGACAGAUCACGUGCAAGCUCUUUUGAUUUCCUUUCUGUAUCACUAGCUGAUGGAUAUGUCGACUUUAAAUUCGACAAUGGUAAAGGUCAUGCGCAUAUUCGAUCGAACGAAAGGCUAUCUCGCAACCAAUGGAAUACAGUAAUUGCAUCACGAACUGGACAAAAUGGAAUGCUUAUCGUCAAUGGUGGAGCGCCGAAAAGUAAAAGUUCACCAGGACCACUCACGCAAUUAAACGUUGAUACGAUUGGAUACCUUGGAGGUUUGGGCCCCAAUCCACGAGAAAGCGACAUCAAAUACGCUGAAUCAUCAAUGGGAUAUCAAGGCUGCAUUAAAAAGCUUUCUGUCAACAACAACGAAGUAAAUCUUCGCUUCCCUGGGCCGAGCGUAAAGGCACAAAUGAACGUGCUACCAUCUUGCGGGACAAGUCCAUGUGUAAAGAAACCAUGUUUCAAUGGUGCAUCUUGUUUUGCUACUAGUGCAAAAUCUUAUCAAUGUCGCUGUCCGGUUGGUUUCAGAGGCACCCAUUGUGAAACAAGAGUUUACAUCCUUCCACAAAUUCCUGCUUACUUUAAUGGCCAGUCAUCAUUCAUCGGCUACCGGCAAUUACUUGAUACUAAACAUAAACAUGACAUCGUCAUUCAGUUCAGAAGUGAACAAGCUGACGGUUUACUUUUAUACGCUCAAGGUCCGGCUGGUGUACGAGAUUAUUUUGCUGUGUCUUUACAAAAUAGAAGAGUCGUUUGCAGUUUUGACCUGGGAAGUGGAAACACGACUCUUACCAGUCAGAAACGAUUCAAGUUAGACUCGUGGACGAAUUUAAGAAUCUCACGUCAUGAUAAACGCACUGAACUUUUCUUCAAUCAAAGACGUGUUGCGUACGGAAUUACCCCCGGUGAUAGUCGAAUCUCGAACCUUCACACCGUGAUGUACAUCGGGAAAGCAGAUAAACUGAUUACUGGAAAAAAACACCAUUCCUCUGUCUACAAACCAUUCAAAGGAUGUAUCAGGAAACUACAAGUUGAUGAUUUAGAGCUGAAAUUUAGACAACCUGAUAAAUAUCUUCUAAAAAGUGCUGACGUGUCUUCGUGUGCCGAGUGCUACCAAGACAUUGCUAUAUCAUUUGUGAUCGAUACAUCCUCAUUUGUCGGUUCCGAUGGUUUUGACAAAACCAAACAAUUUGUUGACGCCGUCAUUCGAUAUUACGACACAACAAAAUUUUCAGUUAUCGAUUUUGCAAACACAGCAAAACUACAAAUUCCUUUUAACCGUGCUGGCAACGUAGAAGAAAUGAGCGCACUUGUGAGCGCUUUGACGUUCCGUAACGAAGUAGGUCAUCGAAUGUCAGAAGGACUGAAACUAGCGCAUGCGCAAUUUGGUAAUGUUCAAGCAAAGUCGAAGUAUGUUGUGUUAAUAACUGCAGCUGACCCGCAAACAUUCGCCGAAAGUCAGGAGAUCUCUGUCAUCAAGAAAAAGUUGGAGGAUAGUGGGUCGAAAGUUUUUGUUGUUGGUGUUGGAAAUGACGUCACUCUCGGAAAGAUGACCCCCGUAUCUAGCGAUGGGAACAUUUAUAUUGCAGCAAGCUACGAUGAUAUUAUAGGAUACGUGAUUGAACUGCGGAAGAAUUUAUGCAAAUUAUCAAGUUGAAAUUCGACUUAUUUUACUUUAGAAAAUAUGACCAGUAGAAAAACAUUUUUUUAACAAAUAUUUUAUAUUAAUUUUUGAUAGACUAUUUUAUAUCUUUUGUAUUUGUAAAUUGAUUUAAUACAUGUUUUUAUUAAGAAAGCUCUUUGUAAUUUUAGUCUCAAAUAUCCUAUAAACUAU